AGACAAACUUGGGAGAAAAUCCUCUUUUUUAUUUUUUUCGAUUUUUUUAUGUUUAUGGCUAUGACGAUUCAAAAUCACUUUCAUCGAAUAUAUAGGAUACUAUAAAUCUUCGUAAUAUUCUUAGUAGUUGUUGAGUGUUAAAACGGUAUUUUUCAUUCAUGUUGUUUGAAGAGAUCAAUAUAGCUCUCUUUCAUACUUAUUCUUUCCCAUAGUAGUACAGCAUCACAGAAGAUUCAUCAGAAGACUCUUAUUCUUUCUUUCUAAUACACCACAAAAAUUUGAAGUAGUAUUGUAGUUGUAGUAGAAUUGUAAUAAGAAGUUUAGAUGUCCUCAGUUUAAGGUUUAUUUCAUACGCAUUCAAAUUCAAUUUUUUUGUAAUUCAACUGAGCCAUCUUCAUCGCCUUCAUCAAUCUGCUGUCAUCUUCCGUCUCCAAAAAAAAAUUUAGGGUCGACCGUGAGGAAUUGCAUGUUUUUUUUUGUUGUGAGAUAGAAGGGCGACAUUAAUGAAGUGGAAGAGUUAGUCGGAUCAUUUCUUUUCUAUUUAUUUUUCUUGUAUAGCACCAAGUCUAAGAUCGUAUCUAUUAUUCAUUCUGUUACUAAUAUUCGCAAAAGCUAGUGAUCGUGUUAUUUGAUGUCGUGUUAUAGUUACUUCUAGAGAUAGUUUCAGUUUGUCGUGAACAAGAUUAUUGAGUUAUCUACCUAAUUUUACAAGACUGUGUUAUUCCUAUAAUAAUUUCUUUUUGUUGUCGUGCGAAUACAUAAGAUUCAAAAAUCAAUUCAUUAUUUUUCUUGGCAUUCAAUUCACCGAUCAUUCUAAUUCAUUAUUAUCGAUAUCGAUAGCAUUAUCUGAACGAAAUUAAUAGCUGAAAAAGUGCAUUUUGUUGCUCGUCGAACUUGCGCCGCGUUAUGCAACUGGAUGGGUGAACGAUCGCGUUGCUCGAAUCGAAGAUGUUGAUUAUGAGAAUGUAGCUCUUCUUGAUCAUGUCUUGGACCAACAUCUACGUAGUGUCAUUUGCCUCCACUGACUUACAGCCAGUACAGCAUCAGCAACGGCCGACUGCUACUCGAAACUAAAAACGUUGUGAACGUCGCAAGUUAAAGAUAAUGAAUAUUCUUCAUGAACAGACUUUUCACUUCUGCUCUAAUAUUCUUGAAGAUCACAUUCGAGGAGAUUCAAGCGCGUGGUUCAUGAGCAGUUCGUCGCAACCAGCACGAUGGGCGACGUUUUAGAGCAGCCUCCUGAUGAAGAAGAUCGUCCGUCUGUACGGCGGCGGUCAGCUUCUACAGAAUUCUCUACUUCAACAUCGUCUUCGAGCUCGUCAGGAUUUCUGAGCUCGAAUCUGAAUCUGAGCUCGUCAGGAUCAGGGUCCUCAGAAAGAGACCACACAACGAGACGAGGGAGGAUACUGGUAGGAUGCGGUCGAAGCGGAUCCUCCUCUUGUCCUAUCAUCUUCUACGACCACGAGGAGCACCUCCACACGCAUAGUACUUCUAGGAGCACUAGCAGACCUACUUCUAGGAGAAGAAGGAGUAUCUCUAGUACAAGAACUUCCUCUAGUUCUAGUACUACUACACCUAGAAGUUCUAGCACAACUACACCUAGUUCUAGUACUUCACCUAGUUGUUGUACCCCUAGUGCAGGUACUAGUUGUACUACGUUGGACUGUAGUGUCACUUGGGACGAGGAGGAAGAAGAAAAUAAAGAUGACUGUCGUCCAGGAACAUCGGGAGCAUAUGAAGGGUGCAGCAGAACAACGAGGCCCUUUAUUACAGGACAAGGAAUAUCGCAGAUGAAGAUGCAAGAGACCACGACAAGUGGAAAUGAAAGUUAUGGAAACACAGUUUUCCUCAAUUUCUUCAGUGAUCAUAGUAAUAAAAAUAGGAGGUAUGAUAUUUAUUACAUGAUUCAGAUUCAUUCCAUAACCAGCGCGUCCUUACUCUAAUUGUUGUACAUGAUUCAUUCUUCAACAUAACUAUGCGUUGUAAGAGGAAGCAGUAGAGGUCACUCACAGUUAAAACAAGGAGGUGUAGUUUCACUUUAGUACUAGUCAAGUUGUAUCAGCGAAGUGUUCCGAUUCUAGGAGAAGAAGCCUCUGACCCUAGGGAAAUUCCGGAGCCUGAAAGGACUAACCCCAAGUGUUCAACUCGUGCAUUUCUUGAGUAAGUACAAAGCUGUAUGUGCGAAAUGUAGUUGUUCUAUUUAUCUCUUGGCGGUAGGGUCGCGCACGAACAUAAUAAUAAUACUGACAUCAAUAACAAUAAUCUAGUAUACUCGUCCUCGUAGCCAUAAUCUCUAAUCUUCCACAACUCGAGGCGCCACACUCGCAGUUGUGUUUUUGUUUGCCACGGGGGUGGUGCUGGACGCUCUUCUUCGGCUCUUCUGCUGGUCUUGGAUUCUUUGGUUUCAAACCCUACGUAAGCGAAGAAGAUGGAGGAAAAACCUUGAAGACGGCUGUGAACAAGAUCGAAAGCGAAGAAGAUGGAGGAAAAACCUUGAAGACGGCUGUGAAGAUCAUAAUACUAGUCGCGAAGCAGUUUUAGAGGAAGAGGAAGAGGUUGAUCAAUCUUGCAAUCUACGUACGACAACAACCAAAGCUACAACUGCUGCUUGUAGUCCUUGUUCUAGUAUAGCAAGGACGUCAAUGGCGGGUGCAGUGUCACGAUUUCGUCUGACGCAGCCGAGAAAGCGAAAAAGGAAACGACUUCCUCUAACGAGUCGCACGAGCCCUGAUGGAGAACGGAAACCACCGCUGAAUGAAGUCUCAAUGAGUACUAAAAAUAGAGUGCUCGUGGAUGACGAACAUGUAGUCCUUCAGGUGGAAGAGGAAAGAACAACGCACCUUCCAAGUCUUGCUGUUGCACAGAAUAGAAGAAGCUGCACUCGUCAGAUCGCGAGGAAUGGCUCGUCCAGGACAAGCAGUGAUUGUUAUAGAACUUGUUUCUCAAGAACAUCUUUUUUGACGAACUUGUUUUCCAUCUUAUCCGCGUACUUGGCCAUUCUGACCAGCGCUUUCGUGACAGUGAGUAAGAACGGUCAGAUCCAGCUGCUUGGUCCUAUCAACGUGGAUCCCAACGCUGGUUUUUCUCCGCAGAUUCGUUUUCGAAACAACGGCACGAUACAGUGGGUCGCAACCACCUUCGAUUUCUACACGAAUUAAGGCCGCUUUGUUCUAAGUACGUUUUUUAGCUUUACUUAGUCGUAAACUUUAUUUUAGCAAACUACAAGUACUAGAAGUUCUUAUAUUUAGACUCAGGAUUAGAUUUCUGGUGCACGAAAUAAAUCAGGAGGACUUGUUCGCUCUGAGUUUUUCUCUCAAUCUUAGAUACAGAAAGUCGUCUUUUUUGCCUUGUAGAAGAGGACGAAAGUGAUUGACAUCAUCUCGAUGGUGUUCAUUUUUCAUUGAGAUGAACUCUCUCACUCUCCAAAAGUUGUAUUACUCGAAAACUAAAAAUAACCGAGUUACUGACUGAAAUAAGGGAGGUAGCUUUGACAGGGCUACUCUUCCUUGUUCAGGCUUAACUGUGCUUAUUUCAAGUAGUUACUCGGUUAUUUCAGUUUUUCGAACUUGACCUCACCAGUCUUCUUCUUCUCUAACUCCUUUCUUUGGUGAACAACGGCAACACGGACUUCUUGCUGAUGACCGGAAACCAGUUCUCGGAAUGGCUCUUAUCCGACAAGAACCCCACUGCGCCAGGUGGGUGGCUGGAGUACGGAUCAGAAGGACGCGGCACCUUUUUGAUCACUUCGGAUCGAAAAGUGUAUUUAAACACGACUCUGUCCGUCUUCAAAGCGGUUGAGAUGGGCUCGUCCUUGUCCGUGCGUGGCUUCGUGAAGAUGGACAAAAGGUUGUCCGUAGACGACAAGACCUACUUCGGGUCUGAGCUGUUCAUCGGAGAUCCAGGGAGAUCGAGUAGCAUGUCCCAGACUAGAUUCGGUCGCGGUAACCCAGCGGGCUUUCCACCAGUACUCAGAAUAGAUACCAGCCCAGAUCCGCCGAACAGGUACUUUCUUCUGUACUUAUGCACUUGCUCCUCCUUUCUUGUUAAACUUUAAAAGAGUACUAUUUAAAAGAGUACUAUAUUGAAAAAUAGUAUGGAGGUGGCGGCGGAUGAAUUAUCAAUGUAUGUCGUGGGAUUCAUUUUUGUGACUUGGAAUUAUGAUGUGCAUGUGCUCCCUUUCCGUUUCCCUUUGCACUUCAGACUUAAUUCCUAGACAGAAACAAGAAGACCAUAGAUCGAAAAAUCUCGACCAACAACAUGACUCCUAUCUCCACCUAGUACAACCACAACUCCUAUCUCCAGGUACAAAACCUCGAUCGCGGACCAUACCAUGUUCGGCGAUAGUUUGGAAGUCCAAAAUAGCACCAAUCUGGGAAGCUGUUUGUCAGUGCAGAGUUUCGCGAGACUUUAUAACACCCUUUCCGUCAACUCCUACGUCCGGAUCGGGCAAUAUAUCUCCGUACUACUUCCACACCUCUACUUCUAUAUUUGUUAUCUUGAAGCAAUUUGUUGAUGUUGCAACAUUCUCUCAACAGUAACUACUUGGUUGUACCUCUUUUAUUUGCUAGUGGUCUGCUUUCGAAAAUUUUUGGAACUUGUAUUUGGUUUCUUUUUGGAGUAGGCCUAGAGACCAUUGGAAGAGACGAUAAGUUCUUGUAGAGUAGCACCUGCUGUAGCUUGUUCUGUAAUCAAAGCUUCCUCAACAACAAAGAUGUUCUUGCUCUGAAGACGUUUAUUGUCGUACUCUUUUCACCUCAACUUGGGUGGAGGGACAUCGAGAUAGACCCCAACAACCAACGCCAACGACCUCCUUCAGGUGAAACAUUACACGCGAAUAGGAAGCACCUUGAGUGUUUACAGCCUGGUGAGAAUAGGGAGCCAUAGCGCAGCAACGCUCUCCAUUGGGGGCGUUCACUCUAUCUUCGGCAGCGCGACCUUCGGUUCCUCGCUGAGUGUCCGAAAGUUAUGAAGGAGAAGAAGUGGAAUGAUUUUUCUCAUCAGAUCUUCAUCUUCGUCUCCGUGAGAAGCCAGCAACGAAAGUUGCAUUUGAUCGUAAUGAUACAAAUAUUAGUCGAUGUAAUUAUUUCCAAAUCCAAAUCGUCCCUGAAAGAACUAGAAAUUACAUGUUCUAAGAAAAGCAGUGAAGCUAGGCGGUCGCGGAGGCACCGAGGCAGGGUCACUGCGGUGUGCCUUGUCGCUCUUUGGGCAGAUGCGGUACGGCAGAAAGAUGUUUAGUGUUGCGGACUUCACGCUUUUAGGGAGUAUGCUUUCGCUCCGUAGUUACGCCCGGUUGGGCAGCAGUGUCUCGCUCUACGGCAUGGCGCGAUUGGGAAGCAGUUACUCGGUACUCGACUUGGGUCACUUGGGUAGCAGUUUUUCUCUGACCAGCUUUGCUCGCUGUGCGAGUAGCUUCUCCGUCUUUGGCGUUGCGCGAUUAGGCAGUGCGAUGAGUUUGCUGGACUUCAUCUCGCUGGGAACCGGGAUUAGCGUGCGCGGCUUCGCAAGACUCGGGAGUUCUUUGUCGCUCUUUGGCAUUGCGAAGUGCGGAAGUGCGAUGAGUCUACUGGAUUUCGCGGUGCAUAGUAGCUGCCUGUCGAUGCGGACCUUCUCGAGACUGGGGAGUAGCUUGAGCGUGUACGGAGUCGCGAGGCUUGGGAGUAGUCUCUCGACAUUGGACAUGAUCUCCGUAGGCAGUUCACUUUCUUGCCGUGCCAUCGCGUGUUUGGGUUCUGCGCUGUCCGUCUACGGCAUGGCCCGGCUCGGAAGCUCGCUCUCAGUCCUAGACAUGGUCACGCUCGGCAGCUCCCUGUCGGUGCGCAUGUACCAGCGACUGGGCAGCUCGUUGUCGGCGUACGGCAUGGUCUCGCUGGCCUCGACGUUGAGUAUCCUGGACAGCAGCAGCAUCGGGUCUAGCAUUAGUUUGCGCAGCUACGGACGGUUGGGCAGUAGUUUGUCCGUCUUUGGACUCGCGAGAUUUAGCAGUUCGCUGUCCUUGCUCGACUCGGUGUCGAUUGGGAGUGGGUACUCACUGCGAACGCUCUGUCGACUAGGCAGCUCGCUUAGCGUGUACGGACUCUGCUCACUGGCCAGCGGGAUUAGCUUACUGGAGUGCGCCCACUUCGGGUCUUGCUGUUCUUUGCGAAAUUUUGCGAGACUCGGGAGUGCCUUAUCCCUCUUCGGCAUCACGCGCAUCGCCAGUACCUUGAGCUUAGUGGAUUUCUUGAAUCUAGGCAGUAGUUACUCCUUACGCACCCUUCUCCGCGUAGGCAGUGCGACGAGUGUGUACGGGAUGACACGGUUGGGCAGCAUUUUCUCCGUGCUCGACUUUGUCUCCUUCGCGUCCUCGUUCUCCAUGAGAAAUCUGUGCCGGUUAGGAAGCUCCCUCUCCGUCUACGGUAUGUCGCGAUGUGGAAGCAGCUUCUCCCUCGUAGACUGCGUGCACUUUGGGUCCUCCUUGAGCGUCCGCACAAUGGCCAGGUUGGGAAGCGGUCUCUCCAUCUUCUUAUGAUUUUUCCACAAAAGAUAUUAAAUCAGUCUAGUACUAUAAAUUUCUUGUAGAAGUUGCAACUACUCCUGUAUCGAGACGGACAUUUUUACCUUAGCAAUUUACUGUUGAUUUGUGAUGUUGAUUUUUGAUGAUGAUGUUGAAAUAGAAGGACUUCGAUCUGCUUUUUUGAGAACUAGUUCAGGUCAGAAGAUUCAGUUUCCGGCGUCGUAAUGCGCACGCAGAUAGAGCUACUACCAGUACUACUGAAAAUACAAAUAGGUAAAAUUGAAAGUAAAUUUAAUCAAGAUUAUCUUUAUCGACUGAUGAUUCUCUAAUCUCCGGAGUGUCGAAGCUGGGUUCGAGUUUGUCGAUAUUGGACUUUAUCAGUUUCGGAUCCGCGAUCUCGCUCCGCAUGACUGGUCGGCUCGGCAGCUCGCUCUCCAUCUACGGCUUAACCAGGCUAGGAAGCUCCUUGUCUGCCCUAGACAUGCUGAGCAUGGGCAGCAGCUUGAGUCUGCGAAGCUACGCACGGAUGGGUGAGAAGUUUUCGGUGUGCAGAUCCUGGUGGGUAGGUUCCAACAUCUCCGUUGCGGACUUCGUAACCUUUGGCUCUUCCCUCUCGCUCCGAAGUUUCGCGCGAUUUGGCAGUUCCAUGUCGGUCUACGGAGUAUCGCGGUUGGGAUCGAUCCUUUCGGCACUAGACGGAGCUUUUUUCGGGAGUUCGCUGUCUAUGCGAGGCUUCGUCCGCAUCGGGUCCUGCACGUCCGUGUACGGGAUAGCGAGGUUAGGAAGUAGUUUUUCGCUGCUGGACCGGUUGAGCCUUGGCAGUAACCUGUCCUUGCGAGGAUUCUCUAGAUUCGGCUCCACCUUGUCCAUCUUCGGACUGGCGCGAUUGGGAUCGGCAUUUUCUGUGCUGGACUUCGUGUCUAUGGGCAGUGCUGUCUCGCUUCGUAGCUUCGGACGGAUGGGCAGUGCGCUCUCGCUCUACGGCCUGGCGCGCCUAGGCAGCACGAAUUCGUUGCUGGACUGCGCCAGUUUCGGCUCCGGACUCUCCUUGAGCAGUUUCUACCGGCUAGCGAGCAACUUCUCGGUCUAUGGACGCGCGUGUCUCGGAUCUGUCCUCUCCGCGAUCGACUGCUGCCACAUCGGCUCCUCGAUGUCGAUGCGGUCUUUCACCCGCGUUGCAGGCAGAGCCAGCGUCUACGGCCUAGCCAGAAUCGGCUGUCAGCUCUCGGUCCUAGACGGCAUCUACUUCGGAUCCGCGUUUUCCUUGCGAAACUUGGCAAGACUGAGUAGCACUCUUUCCGUGUACGGCUUCUCGCGUCUGGGAAGUUACAUGAGUGUGAUGGACUUCGUGCACUUCGGAAGCUGUAUCUCCGUCCGCAGCUUCGUGCGUGGAGGCAGCACCAUGAGUGUGUACGGCGCCGCACUACUAGGCUCCUCAGUCUCCGUGUUGGACUACGUGACCAUGUCUUCCUCCUUGACUCUUAGAAGCUACGCCCGCUUCGGCGACCGCAUGAGCGUCUACGGACUGACGAGGUGCGGAUCCAGCCUUAGCAUCUGGGACUGCGCGUUCGCGGGGAGCACCUUUUCGCUGCGGUCGUACAGCAGACUAGGCUCCGUGAUGAGUCUCUAUUCGUGUGGACGACUUGGGAGCUUUAUUUCGCUCCUAGACUUUGCGCAGAUGGGGAGCGCGAUGAGCAUUCGGAGUUACACGAGACUAGGCUACGAGAUCGCGGACACAACAGACGAGUUCACGACUUGGGAGAUGCAGGAGGACGAUGCCGCAGUGUUGAACCUGCUAUACGGGAACGACACGAUAAACGGAACCAACGGCACGAACUCAACUUCGUCAGACGACAACACCACGACGUACACGAACACGAGUGUCUCUAGUUUCGCCUUCCGCAAAGACCGUAGACGGUUCACCAGAGUCUUUUCCUUGUAUGGCGUGAGCAGGUUCGGCAGUAGUCUUAGUCUGCUGGACUUCGUGUCGCUGGCGAGUAGCGCGUCACUGCGAUCGAUGGUGCGCAUGGGGAGUAGUCUCUCGAUCUACGGCAUCUGCAAGUUCGCCUCUAGCUUGUCGGUUUUAGACACGAUCCUCUUAGGUUCGUCGCUGUCGUUCCGGUCGUUCACGCGGUUGGGCAGCUCCAUGUCGGUCUACGGGCUGACACGGUACAGCAGCUGUCUUUCGGUACUGGACGCGAUAACCUUGGCGAGCAGCCUCUCGGUGCGCAACUUCGGGAGACUAGGGUCUUCCCUGUCCGUGUUCGGACUGCAGCGUCUAGCCAGCGGUUGUAGUUUGCUCGACUUCAUGCAUCUAGGAAGCACGCUUUCCUUGCGCAGCUUCGCGAGAAUGGGUAGCUCCAUCUCCGUCUACGGCGUCAGCAGUCUAGGAAGUAGUGCGAGUUUGCUGGACUUCUUGUCGCUAGGAAGCUCGAUUUCGCUUCGCGGCAUGGGCCGUUUCUCGAGUUCCUGCUCGGUUUACGGCUGCAUGCGGUUGGGCAGCUGCUUUUCGGUACUAGACGCUGUGGGAAUGGGCAGCACCUUGAGUGCGCGCGGCUUCGCGAGACUAGGGUCCUCGCUCAGCGUGUACGGCAUGACCCGACUGGGCAGCAUGCUUUCGUCAACCGAGACGCUGUGCUUUGGCAGCAGCUUUUCGUUGCGCAGCUUCACGCGGCUAGGCAGCACGGUGUCCGUCUACGGCUUCGCCCGUGUCGGCAGCAACAUGAGCGUUCUCGAUAUGGUGCACAUGGCCUCCGCACUCUCUUUGAGAAGUUACAACCGGUUUGGCAGCUCCAUGUCCGUCUUCGGCAUGAACUGCUUCGGUAGCAGCUGCUCCAUUCUGGACACGCUGCAGAUCGGCAGCAGCUUCUCCUUGCGCAGCUUCGCUCGGUUCGGCAGCUCCCUCAGCGUUUACGGCGUAGCCAAAUACGGCAGUAGUUUGAGUAUCUUGGACUCGCUUACGGUAGGAUGCUUCUCGUCUGUGCGAAACCUAGUUCGAAGCGGAUGUGCGAUUAGCAGCGUUUUCGGGAUUGCGCGAAUGGGCAGUGUGUGCAGUAUCUUAGACAUGCUCACGAUCGGCUCUUCGCUUUCGAUGCGCUACACUUUGCGGAUGGGAAGCUCGCUGUCGGUGUACGGCAUGCUCCGCUUCGGAAGUUGCAUCUCGGCUCUAGACUGCAUGCACUUAGGCAGCAGCUUCAGCUGCCGAUCCUUCAUGCGACUGGGGAGCUCCUUGUCUUUGUACAAGCUGAUGGAGGUCGGGCAGAACCUGUCGGUCCUCGACUACACGCACUUGGGAAGCGCCUUCUCGCUGCGAUCCAUGGCUAGACUAGGAAGUAGCGUUAGUAUCUACGGGUUGUCGCGAUUAGGAACGGCGAUCUCGUGCGUAGACUUCUGUACCUUGGGUAGCAGCAUGAGCUUGCGCGCCAUGAUGCGUCUAGGCAGCGGGCUGAGCGUGUACGGAAUGACCCGGCUCGGAAGUGGCAUGAGUAUGCUCGACUGCAUGUCCCUCGGCAGCUCGUUGUCCGUCCGUACCUUUCUGCGGCUCGGAUCCGGAGGCGGCUUUUCAGUCUACGGGCUGGCGCGCUUUGGCUCCUCCUUGUCGGUUUUGGACCUCACCUACCUCGGCAGCGGACUUUCCGUGCGCAGUUACACCCGUGGUGGCCUGCACGCUUCAGUCUACGGCAUCACGAAACUCGCGAGUGCAAUCUCCGUCUUGGACUGUGCCAACUGCGGCUCCGGCGUUUCGCUGCGCAGCUUCGUCCGUUUAGGCAGCUCGUUGUCAGUCUACGGAGUCGCGAAUCUCGGAUCCGCCAUGAGCUUCCUAAACUUGGCGCACAUUGGCAGCAGCAUAUCAUGCAGGAGCUUUCGUCGCCUCGGAAGCUCUCUGUCCAUGUUCGGCUGCACGUACUUGGGCUCGCAGAUUUCCAUGCUGGACGUUUUUCAGUUGGGUUCCAGUCUGUCGAUCCGCGGGUUUCUGAGGUGUGGGAGCACUUGUUCCAUGUACGGCAUCGUGCGCUUUGGCAGCUCGCUCUCAUUAUUAGAUCAGCUGAUGUUGGGCAGUUCCCUGAGUCUACGAUCCAUGUCCAGAAGUGGAAGUGGACUGUCAGUCUACGGCUUGGCCAAGCUUGGGAGCACGCUGUCGGUCCUAGACAUGCUCGCAAUCGGCAGUAGUUUGUCCAUGCGGUCCUUCGCACGGUGCGGAAGCAGCAUGAGCGUGCGAAGGCGAGUCUACAUGUGCGCGCCGGACAACACGCACUGUUGCAGCGUAACCUACCAGGUUCUCCUAGGUAGUUCCUUCUCCAUCCGCAGCUACGGCCGACUGGGAAGCGCCUUGAGCAUCUUCGGGAUCAUGCGUUUAGGCUCUGCGACCAGUGUGCUCGACGCCGUUGCGAUUGGGAGCUCUCUGAGUGUGCGCUCCUUUUCGCGUCUAGGAAGCAGCCUGAGCAUCUUUGGAUGCCUGCUUCUGGGAAGCGGCGUGUCAAUGUUGGACUUCACGCAUUUGGGAAGCGCAUUGAGCAUCCGCGACUACGUCCGCGCCUUUGCGGUCUCUGCCUACAGCUACACCAAGCUGUCGAGCUCUUUGUCGGUUCGCGGCAUGGCUCGUCUCGGAGGCACCCUUUCGCUGUUCUCGCAGUGCAUCGGCGGUUGCGCCUGCAGCAUGUUGGGCACCGCGUCUCUAGGAAGUUCGCUCUCGCUCCGCACCUUCUCGAGGAUCGGGAGUAGUUUCUCCAUCUACGGCUUGGCCCGAUGCGGGACGAGUCUGAGUAUCCUCGACUACUCCAACUUCGCGAGUAGCGUCAGCUGCCGGACCUACAGUAGAAUGGGAAGCAGCAUGAGCGUCUACGGCGCCACACGCAUCGGGAGUUCGCUUUCGCUGCUCGACGCCGUGAUGAUGAACAUCUCCGUGUCCUUCCGAUCGAUGACUAGGCUAGGCAGCAGCAUCAGUUGCUACGGCGUCAACCGGCUGGGCAGUGGGGUUUCUAUCCUAGACAGCGUGUUCGUGGGCAGUGCGAUUUCCCUUCGGUCUUUGGCCAGACUCGGAAGUUCGCUCUCGCUCUACGGCCUUCAGCGCAUGGGCAGCAGCUUCUCGAUCGUCGACUACGUCUGGGUUGCCAGCAGUUGUUCCAUGCGCACGCUCGCGCGCUUAGGCAGUGCGUCCAGUGUCUACGGCAUUUCCAAACUCGGCGGAGCAGUUUCCGUUCUAGACUACGUGGACUGCGGCAGCGCGUUCUCUACGCGAAGCUUCCUUCGUAUGGGCAGCGCCGUGUCGAUCUACGGCAUGGGACUGCUGCAGGGAACGUUGUCCGUCCUCGACUUCGGGCAUAUGAGCAGUGCCCUGUCCUUGCGCAGUUUCCUGCGCCUCGGAAGUACCUUGAGCAGCUACGGAAUGCUGCGUUGCGGCUCCUCCGUGUCCCAGUUGGACUUCAUCACGCUCGGCUCCUCCUAUUCACUCAGAAGCUUCGCGUUUUUCUCGAGACAAACCAGUGUGUACGGAAUCUCGCAGAUGGGCAGCAGCUUGAGUGUCCUGGACGUUUUAUCCCUGGGUUCGACCCUCAGUUUGCGUUCUUUGUCGCGCGUGGGCCUGGGAAUUUCCAUCUACGGAUUGACGAGACUGGCAAGCAGCUUCUCCCUCAUGGACUGCCUGAGCUUGGGCAGUGGCCUCUCGGUGCGAGCCUUGAGCCGCUUUGGUGUAGAUCUUUCGUGCUACGGGGUCGCACGAUAUGGCAGCAGCUUGUCUUUACUCGAUUUCUUGUCACUGGGAAGCACGUUUUCCUGCCGCGUUCUAGGUAGACUGGGCUCUUCCGCGUCCAUCUACGGGUUUGCGAAAUUGGGCAGUUCCUUGUCGAUUCUGGACUACGUCGAUAUCGGUUCCGCCUUGUCCUGCCGCAGCUUUGGCCGUCUCGGAUCCUCUUUGUCGGUCUUCGGAUUGGCCAAGUUGGGCUCGUCCCUGUCGAUCGUGGACUUCGUCUCCGUAGGCAGCACGGUCUCAAUCCGCAGCUUUAGUCGGUGCGGCAGUGCGUUUUCCGUAUUCGGGAUGUCGUAUCUGGGGUCCUCAAUUUCGAUCCUAGAUUGCACGAUCCUCUCCUCUUCUUGCUCUCUGCGAACUAUGGCACGAUGUGGGAGCUCCCUUUCUGUCUACGGACUCGCCAAAUGCGGGUCCGCCAUGUCACUGUUGGACAUCUGGCAGGUAGGCUCUGGCAUGUCGUUGCGAUCCUUCGGUCGUCUCGGAAGUGCUCUGUCGACCUACGGUAUGCUGCACUUGGGCCAGGAAGUGUCUGUGCUGGACUACAUAACCUGCGGUUCCGCAAUGAGCAUGCGGAUGUACGCGAGACUAGGAUCCGCUUGCAGUUUGUACGGGACGGCGAGAUUGGGCAUGUGCACGAGCAUUCUAGACUUUGCCGGUUGCAACAGCAGCAUGAGCAUUCGCAGUUUUGCGCGUUUCGGAAGCAGUUUGAGUAUCUACGGCUUCUCGAGACUCGGGAGUGCGAUGAGUGUUUUGGACUUCACGCAUUUGCGUAGUUCGUUGUCGCUCCGCAGCUUCGCGCGUAUGGGCAGCACGCUGUCCCUCUACGGGUUCACCUGUAUCAGCAGUUCCAUGUCUAUCUGCGACCUCCUACGGUUAGGCAGCUCUCUCUCCUUGCGAGGCUACGUCCGUCUCGGCAGCUCCAUCUCGAUGUACGGCGUGACGAAUUGCGGCAGCUCCUUGUCGUGUCUCGACACUUUGGUUUUAGGAAGUAUCCUGUCCUUGCGUAGCUACGCACGUUUUCCAGCCAAGAUGGAGCUCUUCGGGAUCAGUAGGAUGGCCAGUUCGCUUUCUGUGUUGAGUUAUCUGUCCCUGGGAAGCAGCUUUUCGAUUCGCGGAAUGAAUCGGUGCGGCAGCAGUGUCAGUCUAUACGGCUUGGGACACAUGGGCAGCUCAUUAUCCGUUUUGGACAUGCUGUCAUUGGGCAGUGGAAUGAGCGUGCGAACGUUUUGCCGCGUAGGAUCCAGUGUGUCGCUCUUCGGAAUCACCUACCUUGGCUCCAGCUUGUCCAUCCUGGACACGAUUAGCGUCGGUUCCGCGUUUUCGCUCAGGGCGCUCAGCAGGUUCGGCAGCGCGUGCUCUUUGUACGGCGUCUGCUACCUGGGGAGUCAGCUCUCGAUCCUCGACGCAGUGUCUUUCGGUAGCAGUUUGUCUAUCAGGACUUGCUCACGAUUGGGUAGUUCGCUCUCCGUUUUUGGUUUGGGCCGCCUGGGCAGCAGCAUGAGCGUUCUGGACUUCAUCUCGCUGGCCAGUGCCAUGAGCUGUCGCACCUUCGCUCGCAUGGGCUCUAGCUUCUCCAUCUACGGCUACGCGCGCAUGGCCUCAGCCGUGAGUUGCUUGGACUUCGUGUCCAUAGGCAGCUCGCUGUCCCUGCGGCAGUUCAGCAGAUUAGCAUCUUCUGCCUCGAUCUACGGAAUCGCGAAUCUAGGACAUGCGCUUUCUGUCCUAGACCACAGUUCCUUCGGAAGUGGCUUAAGUUUGCGUUCCUUCGCCAGGAUCGGCAGUGCUACGAGCACCUAUGGCUUCGGCAUCCUCGGUGGAGCAACUUCCGUUUUAGAUCUAUGCAGCUUAGGUAGUGGCUUGAGCGUUCGCGGCAUCGCACGACUCGGAAGUUCACUUUCGGUGUACGGCAUGACGCGACUCGGAAGUGCCAUCUCCAUGGUUGACUACUUGAUCAUGGGAAUGAGCUGCUCUUUGCGCAACUUCCUGCGGUCUGCAAGCGGCGCCAGCGUCUACGGCAUGUGCCGCAUGAGCAGCAUGCUCUCUGCCUUGGACUGCUUCCACUUGGGCAGCAACUUGUCGUGCCGCAGCUUCUCCCGCCUCGGGUCUGCGCUCUCCUGCUACGGCAUCACGCGACUGGGCAGCGGGCUUUCCGCUUUCGACUAUCACCAUUUGGGUAGCAUGUUGUCUGUCCGAAACUUUCUGAGGAUAGGGUCUUCGAUUAGCGUGCACUCGAAGCACGAGCACUACAACAGCGUCGAUUCCGCGCUGCACAUCGGCGACUACGUCCGCACCGCGAGCAGCCUCAGUGUCCGUUCCUUUGUCCGACUAGGCUCCAGCGUCAGCUGCUACGGCAUGGCCCGAUUGGGCAGUGCUUGUUCAGUGCUCGACUUCAUCGCGAUGAGCAGCAGCAUUUCCAUCCGCUGCGUCAGCCGUCUCGGCAGCUCCCUUUCCGUCUUCGGGGUCACCAGAUUAGGAUCCAGCCUGUCGCUUUUAGACUCCUGCAGUGUCGGAAGCUCUCUGUCCAUGCGAGCAUUCGCAAGACUCGGAUCUUCUUUGUCGAUGUACGGCUUUGCGCGCAUUGGAGCAGGUGGCGUCAGCAUCUUAGACUGCCUCCAGUGUGGUUCCAGCUUAUCGUUGCGAACCUACAGUCGGUGCGGAUCCAGUUUGAGCAUCUACGGACUCAGCUUUUUGAGCAGUAGCAUGAGCAUUAUGGGUAUGGGCUCGGUCGGAAGUUCGCUCUCCUUGCGCAACUUUGCGAGACUGGGAUCCUCGGUGUCCGUCUACGGAUUGAGCCGGUUCGGAAGCUCCUUGUCCGUUCUUGGGCUUGUGGACAUCGGAAGUACUACUUAUUGAUUUGAAAUUCAUCGAAAGCACUUCAUUGCAGACCCUUUGAAGAUGUAGAUGAGCGAUCUCCGCUUUUCUAGUUCGUUCUGCUUCUACUGUUGAUGGAGAGUUUUAUUCAAUUCCAACAAAAUGAAAAUACCAUACGCGGUCAACACUCGUUUUUAUUACACUCGUCGUGACAAUCAAGAAAAACAAACACAAAGAGCUACUCUCUUCUUUCAAAAAAAACUCAGGUACUUACAGUUGCCGCUCUUGCGCGCGACUGGGCAGCUCCUUGUCGGUCUACGGCCUCAGCCGCAUGGGGGUGCAACUUUCCGUGCUAGACUUUCUGCAUAUCGGAUCGUGUGUCAGCUUCCGUUCUAUCGCCAGGUUUGGCAGUGGCUUAUCAGUGGGCGUGGCCUUCAAGAAUGCUGCGCGCAACUCUUUGAUGGACUUUUUGCACAUUGGCAGUACCAGUUCCAUCCGAGGGUUCGCUCGUAUCGGAUCCGCUUGCUCGGUCUACGGAUUGUUCCGAUUAGGGUCGACUUUCUCUAUGAUCGACUUUUUGCAGACCGGAAGCAGUUUGUCCAUGCGAAGCUUCUACCAAGGAGGCUCAGCUUUGAGCAUCUACAGCGCAGUGCGCGUUGGCAGCAACUGCUCGGUGCUCGACUUCAUGCAUUUGGGAGCGGCGUAUUCAACAAGACAUUUUGGACGCGCUGGCAGCACGAUGAGUGUCUACGGCAUGACAAGGAUGGGCUCCAACCUCUCUUGCUUGGACUGCUUGCACCUUGGGUCCUGCCUCAGUCUGCGUAGCUACUCGCGAUUGGGCAGUGCACUCUCGAUCUUCGGACUAACUCGCUUAGGAUCGCAGCUGUCCGUCUUGGAUGCUUGCAGUUUCGGCUCUAGUGUCAGUCUGCGAAACUUCUUGCGCAUUGGAAGCAGCGUUUCCAUCUUUGGACUCACACGCUUGAGCAGUUGGUGUUCCGUCCUAGAUUCCGUUUCCGUUGGCAGCGCAUUGUCUUUGCGUACCUUCGCACGCUUAGGCAGCAGCCUUUCCGCGUACGGUCUGUCCAACUUGGGUAGUUGCAUGUCUUUGCUCGACUUGCUCCACAUCGGAAGCACCAUCUCGUGCCGCCAUUGCUGUCGCCUUGGCAGCGCUCUGUCGGUGUUCGGUUUGGCGCGCUUCGGUUCGCAACUGUCGAUCUUGGAUGCGGUUACGCUAGGAUCUACCUUGAGUAUCCGCGGGAUGCACCGAGUCGGAUCUGCCGUGAGUGUUUACGGCAUGAGCAGGAUGGCCUCUUCCAUGAGCGUGCUGGACUUCUUGCAAGUAGGCAGUGGCCUGAGCAUGCGCAACUGCGCUAGACUCGGGAGUUCUUUGUCGCUGUUCGGGAUCAGCCGAUUGAUGAGCUCGAUGUCGAUGCUAGAUGCGAUCAGCCUGAGCAGCAGUUUCUCCGUGCGCAAUUUUGCGCGUCUAGGCAGCUCAACUUCGCUGUUCGGAAUGGCAAGGCUAGGCUCACAACUGAGUCUCUUGGACAUGAUGUGUCUGGGCAGUAGCAUGUCGGCGAGGACUUUCGGCAGAUGUGGCAGCUCAUUGAGUAUGUAUGGCGUGUCGCGGUUCGCUAGUUGCUGUAGCAUCCUGGAUUUCUUGUCCAUUGGAUCAGGACUUUCCGUUCGCAACUUCGCACGACUUGGUAGUGCCCUCAGUGUCUAUGGGUGUGCGCGGUUCGGAAGCUGUCUCUCGUUGCUAGACUUCUUGCACAUGGGAAGCGGCUGCAGUGUGCGCACCUUUGGACGCCUCGGAUCAAGCGUCAGUCUCUACGGCUUCGCACGAUUCGGAAGCUGCCUUUCUGUUUUGGAUUACAUCACGUUCGGGAGCUCUUUAUCCUUGCGAAAGUUCGCUCGAUGCGGCAGCUCAAUGAGCGUGUUUGGAAUGGCUCGACUAGGCUCUCAACUCUCGUUGCUAGACCACUUCCAUCUAGGAUCGAGUAUGUCGCUGCGAACCUGUGCGCGACUCGGCAGUUCGCUCAGCCUGUUCGGGGUCUCACGAAUCGGCAGUGGACUCUCGCUUCUGGACUUUCUGCAAGUGGGCUCCUCCUGCAGCAUGCGCAACCUGUACCGACUAGGAAGCAGUCUGUCCGUUUUCGGAAUCACGAAGAUGGGAAGCGCUUUGAGCAUCUUAGACUACGUGAUAGCCGGAAGCAGUAUGAGCUGCCGCAACUUCGCAAGACUUGGCUCUUCCUUGUCCGUCUACGGCAUCACAUCGUUCGGUAGUUGUCUUUCUCUUUUGGACUACGCGAACUUGUCGAGCACGCUGAGCAUCCGUACCUAUGCCAGAUUGGGUAGCUCCUGCUCGGUCUAUGGCGCAUCGCGACUGGGCUCGCAGCUGUCUUUGUUGGACUUGUGCCACAUCGGCAGCUCGCUUUCGGCACGCAUGUUUGCUCGUCUCGGCAGUGCACUUUCAGUCUACGGCUGCGCCAGAUUGGGAUCUCGGAUCUCCAUUCUAGACUUUGUGACCUUUGGCAGCAGCAUGUCCUUGAGAACCUACACGAGGCUCGGAAGCUCUCUCUCCGUCUACGGCAUCGGCAAACUAGGUAGUUGCUUGUCCACGUUGGACACCUUGCUUCUAGGAAGCUCUUACAGCGUGCGCAGCUUCGCGCGCUUCGGCAGCGCUUGCUCCGCAUACGGAAUUGUGCGGAUUGGCAGUUAUUUGAGUACGCUAGACUGGCUGCAGAUGGGCAGCUGCUUCAGUGUCCGAAGCUACCAGCGAAUCGGCAGUUGCUUGUCGGUCUACGGUUGUGUCCGAAUGGCGUCUGCGAUCUCGUGUUUGGACAUGUUCCACAUCGGCUCGAGCUUGUCCCUACGCUCGUUCGCACGCUUGGGGUCUUCCCUGUCUGUCUACGGCACGUCUCGAUUGGGCAGCAACCUUUCGGUCCUAGACUUUACAAGCUUGGGAAGUUCAGUCUCCCUGCGCAACUUUGGACGCAUGGGUUCUGCGCUUAGUGUGUACGGAGUAGUCUCGAUCGGAUCCUCGAUGUCGUUGUUGGACGCUAUCAGCAUCGGCUCUUCGCUGUCCGUCCGCAGCUUGUGCCGACUAGGCAGUUCUGUCAGCGUCUUUGGCAUGGGACGGUUUGGAAGCGCAGUUUCGAUCCUAGAUUUGCUCCAUGUGGGAAGCACGACCAGCGUGCGCUACUUCGCGCGCUUCGGCAGCGCUUGCUCCGUGUACGGAAUGGCGCGACUCGGAACGGCUUUGAGCAUCUUGGAUGCGGUUAUUCUCAGCAGCGUGAUGAGCGUGCGCAGUUUCUACCGAUGUGGAUCUGCUCUCAGUGUCUACGGCAUCGCCCGUGUGGGGAGUUCUUUCUCGGUGUUGGAUUUCGUCACGCUUGGGUCUAGCAUUAGCGUGCGCUCUUUUGCCCGCUUAGGCUCCGCUGUGAGCUUGUUCGGAGUAACGCAUCUAGGAUCAGUGAUGAGCGUUUUGGACUCCUUUGCACUGGGCUCAGCUCUGUCGCUACGCGGGUUCGCCCGUCUCGGUUCCACGCACAGCGUAUACGGAUUUGCACGUGUUGGCUCCAGUCUCAGCAUCCUAGACUUCAUCACCUGCGGAUCCGCCUUGUCGCUUCGCGGCUACAUGCGCAUUGGCAGCGCCACGAGUGUCUACGGCUUGUCGCGCUUAGGACUGGUCAUGAGCGUUGUUGACUUCUUGUCCCUCGGAUCGAGCUUGAGUUUGCGCAGCUUCUCCAGGAUGGGAAGCAGUCUGAGCAUGUUUGGUUUGGCCCGACUCGGAAGCCAGAUGUCCAUCCUAGACGUCCUGCAUCUCGGUUCCACCGCGAGCAUGCGCAACUUUGCGCGACUAGGAAGCUGCCUGUCCGUCUACGGCAUGUCCCGAUUCGGAAGUGCGCUUAGCGUCCUUGACUUCUUCAAGCUGUCGUCGACGCUGUCGCUCAGGGCAUUUUCGAGAAUGGGAAGUUCUAUGAGUGUCUUCGGCAUGUCGCGUUUGGGCUCCACCUUAAGUGUCCUGGACUUCAUGCACAUCUCAAGCACGCUGUCGUUGCGCAGCUUCAGUCGUCUGGGCAGUUCGCUGUCUGUCUACGGCUUCACGAACGUGGGCAGCUCGCUCUCGGUGCUCGACUUCGGCCAUUUCGGGUCCGCAUUGUCGGUUCGCAGCUUCAUGCGCCUCGGAUCGUCAGCUUCGGUCUUCGGGCUGGUGCGCUUCGGCAGUGGACUGAGCAUGCUGGACCACUGCUGCAUGGGCAGCGGUCUGAGCACGCGAACCUUUGGUCGUCUCGGCUCCAGCUUGAGCGUCUUUGGCGUGUUCAGACUCGCAUCAUGCGUUAGCAUCUUCGACUGGACGACCGUUGGAUCGUGCUUGUCGCUUCGCAACUUCGCGAGACUUGGGUCCAGCCUGAGCGUGUAUGGCGUUUCUCGAUUGGGGUCCUGCAUUUCCAUCUUGGACUUCUGCACGAUCGCUAGUUGCACCAGUCUCCGACAGCUCUCUCGACUCGGGUCUGCGGUAUCCGUGUACGGUUUGAGCCGUUUAAGCAGUAGCAUGAGCUUGCUCGACAUGCUCACACUCGGCAGCAGCAUGUCCUGUCGUACCUGGGCCCGCCUCGGGAGCUCGCUUUCGCUCUACGGCAUGCUCAGACUGGGCUCCGGAAUGAGCAUCCUGGACGUCACCCACAUCGGAAGCGGCGUUUCACUCAGAACCUACGCGCGUUUAGGGAGUGCUUGUUCGGUCUACGGCCUCUCAAGGUUCGGAAGUUCGAUGAGUCUGCUCGACGCCACCUGCUUCGGAAGCAGCAUUUCUGUGCGCUCCUUCGCGCGCAUGGGCUCCUCGCUUUCGGUCUACGGCUUCCUGAACGUCAGCAGCUGUUUGUCGGUCCUCGACUUGUUGCACAUCGGUAGUGGGUUGAGCAUCCGCAACUUCUCCAGACUGGGAAGUUCGGCUAGCUGCUUCGGCCUCGCGCGCUUCGGAAGCUGCAUGUCGCUGCUAGACUCGAUUGCAGUUGGCUCUGGCUUGAGCAUGCGCAAGUUCGCCAGGUUUGGAUCUACGGUUAGCAUCUACGGCAUGGUCCGCCUGGGCAGUGUCAUGUCCGUGCUUGACGUAGCACUUGCAGGCAGCAGCUUCAGCGUGCGUUACUACAUGCGCUGUGGAUCAGCGGUUUCGCUCUACGGUAUGGCCCGAUUCGGAAGCAUGCUUUCUGUGCUAGACCACAUCUCUGUUGGUUCGUCGAUCUCCGUACGUGGCUUGGCCAGAAUGGGGUCGAGUUUGUCCGUCUUCGGCAUCUCCAAGCUUGGGUCGGUCUUUAGCGUGCUCGACUGCCUGCACGUCGGCUCCAGCAUGAGCAUGCGAACCUUCGCGCGUCUCGGCAGCGUCUCUUCAGUGUUCGGCAUGGCACGACUGGGAUCGAGUCUUUCCCUACUCGAUUUCGUUCAUGUGGGUUCUGCACUUAGCAUUCGAUCCUUCGCGAGACUCGGCAGUUCCCUGUCCGUGUUCGGCAUUGCCAGACUCGGCAGCACACUGUCUUUGCUCGGAAGCUGCGUGAUGUGCAGUUCGUUGUCGCUGAGAUCGUUCGCCCGCAUGGGUCGAGCCGACCAUCCGACGGGCACCAGCAUUUACGGAAUCUCCAGGCUCUCCUCCUCCAUGUCGGUUCUGGGCUACUUCAUGAUGGGCUCUUCCUUGUCGAUGCGCUCCUUCGCCCGUCUUGGAUCCACGACCUCGGUCUACGGAAUGGCGCGGUUCUCCAGCUUUGCGUCCAUGCUAGAUUGGGCACAUUGCGGAAGCUGCCUCAGCUGCCGCUCGUUCUUGCGUCUAGGCUCCUCCUUGUCGCUCUACGGCUCGUCUAGACUGGGCAGUUUUCUGUCCGUGCUAGACAUCUUCGGAUUGGGUAGCGCUUUGAGCACGCGCAACUUCGCUCGCCUCGGCAGCAGCUUGAGCGUCUUCGGCAUCAGCUACCUGAGCAGCGGACUUUCCAUUUUGGAUUGCAUGCACUUGGGAAGCGCAUUGAGCGUUCGCAACUUCGCACGUCUUGGAAGCUCCUUGUCGCUCUUCGGAACAUUGCAGUUGGGAUCCUCCUUGUCCGUACUCGAUGUCCUCCACCUAGGAUCAGUGAUGUCUUUGCGUGGCUACCUCAGAGUCGGUUCUAGCACGAGCAUCUUUGGCCUCACGCGACUGGGCAGCUCCUACUCCUGCUUGGACUAUUUGUCGUUGGGGUCCACGCUCAGCAUGCGCUCGUUCACGAGGUUGGGAAGCACUCUCUCCAUAUUCGGGAUCGCAUCUUUGGGAAGUUGUCUCUCGAUUCUCGACGCCGGCUUGAUCGGAAGCUCGCUGAGUCUUCGCGGCUACUCGCGACUCGGCAGCUCGGCUUCGGUGUACGGAUUCGUGCGCCUCGGAUCCAUGCUUUCGCAGCUGGACUCGAUUCAACUCGGAUCGGCCCUGAGCUUGCGCUCCUUCUCGCGACUGGGCAGUGCGCUCUCGGUCUUCGGCCUGGCGCGCGUGGGCUCCGCGUUGAGCGUGCUCGACUUCGUCGGACUUGCUAGCACACUUUCGACUCGCACCUUCAUGCGGAUGGGAAGCAGCUUGUCUAUCUUCGGCAUCGGCCUCAUGGGCAGCUCCGUCAGUGUCUUAGACUGCUUGCAUAUGGGCAGCGCCCUGUCCAUCCGCAGCUUCUGCCGCGCUGGCAGCGCUUUGAGCACCUAUGGCGUCGCCAAGCUUGGAAGCACCUUGAGUGUACUGGACCUCUUCCACGUGGGCAGUUCGCUGUCCAUUCGGUGCAGCGCCCGACUAGGCUCCGCUCUGUCCGUGUACGGCCAAUUGCUGUUGGGCUCGUCUAUGAGCCUGCUGGACUUCGCGUGCUUCGGAAGCGGCAUUUCGACAAGAUCGUUUGCCAGGCUAGGCUCUGCGUCGUCCAUCUACGGCUGCACGCGGUUGGGGAGCUCGCUGUCUGUCCUCGACAUGCUCACGAUGGGCAGUUCCUUCUCACUGCGUAGCUUCCUGCGUUUCGGAAGUUCGCUCAGUUGCUGCGGCCUAGCGAACCUCGGUAGUGGCAUGUCCGUGUUGGACUACUUCACCUUGGGAAGCUCGGUCUCACUUAGAUCCAUGCUGCGCAUGGGCAGCGGCGGAAGCGUCUACGGGAUCACGGUUUUAGGGAGCUCGGUUUCGAUCUUAGACAUGACACAUCUAGGGUCCGCCUGCAGCGUCCGAUCAAUGUUGAGGUUGGGAAGUUCGUGCUCCGUCUUCGGCAUCGCCAAGUUGGGAAGCUCCUUCUCAGUGUUGGACUUCUUCUCCCUAGGAAGCAGCGUUUCCGUUCGAGGCCUCAGCCGUUUGGGUUCCGCACUCUCGGUCUUCGGCAUCUCACGCAUCGGAAGUUCUUGUUCGUUGUUGGAUGCGAUUUCCUUAGGGUCAGCACUCAGCGUGCGCGGCUUCGCGAGACUCGGAUCUUCGCUCUCUCUCUUUGGAAUUUCGCAACUGGGGAGCAGUCUUUCUCUCCUAGACGAAUUGCAGAUCGGGAGUUCUCUGAGUGUGCGAUCGUUUGCGCGCGGUGGCAGCUCGUUGUCGGUCUACGGCUUGUCCAGACUGGGAUCGAGCUUGUCUGUAUUAGACUACGUUUGGGCAGGAUCUGCUUUGUCGUGCCGCAGCUUCUUGAGAGGUGGUUCCACGCUGUCGAUCUACGGCAUCACAUUGCUGUCCAGUUCCUUUUCGAUGCUCGACUGCUGCCACAUGGGAAGUGCUUUAUCCGUGCGCAGCUUUGUGCGUCUCGGAAGUUCCGUGAGCACCUUUGGCGUAGCGCGGUUGUCGAACGCCUGCAGCCUGCUGGAAUGCAUUGAGCUAGGAUCAGCGAUGAGUCUUCGCGGCUUCGCUCGCCUCGGCUCCCGCUUGAGUGUGUAUGGCGUGUCGAAGCUUGGAGGCAGUAUUUCCGUCCUAGACGCGAUCCAGUUCGGAAGCACCGUGAGCUUGCGUUCCUUCGUACGGCUGGGCAGCAGCAUCAGCAUGUACGGCGUCGCGCAACUGGGAAGUUCCUUGAGUCUACUAGCCGGAAUCGAAUGUGGCUCUAGCAUCUCGUUGCGCAGCUUUGCGCGCUUCGGCAGCGCCUUGUCCAUGUACGGAUACCUGAGACUGGGCAGCGCCUUGUCCGUGGUCGACUGCUUCCACAUCGGCAGCGCGAUGAGCGUUCGCACGUUCUGCAGACUGGGCAGUGCGCUCUCCGUCUACGGGUGUGCACGCAUCGGCAGCAUCUGCAGUGUGCUCGACUUCGUCUCCAUCGGGAGUGCGACUUCGGUCCGUAACUUCGCACGCCUCGGCUCAAGCUUGUCCUUGUUUGGCGUAGCGAGGCUAGGCAGCGCAAUGUCGAUCCUGGACUUCGCGGCCUUUGGAUCUACGCUUUCCAUUCGCUACAUGAGUCGUCUAGGCAGCUCAACCAGCGUUUUCGGCAUUGGACGAUUGGGCAGCACCUGCAGUGUGCUCGACUCGGUCAGCUUCGGCUCUGCGGUGUCGUUGCGCAGCUUCUCGCGACUAGGCUCCUCGCUCAGUGUCUACGGCGCCAACCGGUUCGGCUCGAGCAUGUCCGUUUUGAAUCUGCUCACCAUUGGCAGUUCGUUGAGUAGUCGCAGCUUCUCGCGUUUUGGCAGCGCCGUGUCCGUCUAUGGCUUCACCCGGAUGGGCAGCGCUCUGUCGGUGAUUGACCAGUUCUCUCUGGGCAGUGCUUUGUCUCUACGCAGCUUCAGCCGACUGGGAUCCAGCGUGUCGGUCUUCGGCAUCGCACUUUGUGGAAGCUCAGUUAGUGUACUGGACUUCACGACACUAGGGUCAGCCUUGAGUCUGCGCAGUCUGGCACGCAUCGGCAGUACCGCAAGCGUGUUCGGAACCAUUCGUCUGGGAUCCGGGAUUUCCGUGAUCGACUUCUUGAGUCUAGGAAGCACGAUGUCGCUUCGUUCCUGCGCGCGCUUAGGCAGCACUACGAGUUUGUUCGGCUUUUGCCACUUGGCGAGCAGCUUGUCGAUCCUCGACUGCGCGCACCUCGGCUCCAUGCUGAGCGUGCGCGGCUUCACGCGCUUCGGAAGCUCGCUCUCGGUCUUCGGGACGAGCACGAUCGGAAGUUCGAUCUCUGUUCUGGACUUCCUGUUAGUCGGAAGCACGCUGUCAGGACGUUCUUUUGCGCGUCUGGGAAGCACGUUGUCGGUAUUCGGAAUCGCGCAACUGGGCAGCUCCAUGAGCGUUCUGGACUGCCUAAUCCUAGGUUCGUCUCUGUCGACGCGCAGCUUCGCUCGCAUGGGAAGCAGCGUUUCCAUGUUCGGCGUCGCACGACUCGCGAGUGCCUUGUCCAUGCUCGACUUCGUUUCGGCUGGCUCUGCUCUGUCGAUCCGCAGCUUCGGCCGCCUCGGCAGCGCUGCAUCCGUGUACGGUUUCGUCUCGCUGGCGAGCACUAUGUCUUUGCUCGACUUCGCCUCGUACGGCAGUGCCUUGAGCAUCCGCAGUUUCAGCCGCUUAGGAAGCAGCAUGUCCGUGUUCGGUUUCUCGUCUCUGGGUAGCACCAUGUCAUUGCUCGACUUUCUGAGUCUCGGUAGCGCGUGCAGUCUCCGCUCCGUUGCCAGGUGGGGCAGCUCCCUGUCCGUAUUCGGGAUCGCGCAACUCGGAAGUGCCUUGUCGAUUUUCGACUGCGCCAGACUUGGUUCCGCACUGAGCGUGCGCUCGUUCACGCGUCUCGGAUCAUCCAUGAGCGUGUUUGGGGCCGCGCGACUGAAUGGUACGGCAGGCUGCAGCAUCCUGGACGCCUUCUUCGUAGGAAGCGUCUUGUCGGUGCGCAGUUUUGCGCGAGUCGGAUCUUCGAUCUCCGUGUUUGGCACCAUUCGCCUUGGCAGUUGCUGUUCCGUCAUGGGGGCUGCGCUCUUAGGCAGCAGCGUAUCCCUGCGCAGCAUCGGUCGUUUGGGCAGCGCGUUGAGCGUCUUCGGGGUUACAAGUUUGGGCAGCGGCGUGUCCAUACUAGACUGGUUCAACGCUGGCAGCUCCUUGUCGCUGCGCUCAUUUUCGCGCCUCGGGAGUUCCCUCUCCAUGUUCGGCUUCACGCGCCUAGGCAGCAGCAUGAGCAUCCUGGACUUCGCGCACUGUGGCAGCUCGACCUCGCUUCGAAGCAUGGUCCGACUCGGCAGCUCCCUGUCGCUCUUCGGCAUCGGGCGCAUCGGUACUUGCCUUUCCGUGCUGGACUGCCUCAACCUCGCGAGCACCAUGUCCCUGCGCUCGUACUUGAGACUCGGCAGUUCGCUCAGCGUCUUUGGCAUGGUUCGUACGGCGUCGUAUCUCUCAAUUCUGGACUACAUCACCUGCGGCAGCAGCAUCAGCAUGCGCUACAUGCUCAGAUUAGGCAGCUCGCUGUCGCUCUACGGGGUUCCGCGUCUCGGACAGACCUGCAGCAUUCUAGACUACGUGAUCUUGGGCUCGAAUCUGAGCACGCGACACGUGUCUCGGCUUGGAUCCUCGCUCAGCGUGUACGGCGUGGUCUCGAUCGGAUCCUCGCUGUCGUUGUUGGACUUCAGCCAUCUGGGGAGCGUAGUGUCUUUGCGCAGCGUCUGCCGCUUGGGAAGCAGCUUCAGCGUAUAUGGGUUCGGCCGCAUGGGCAGCAUCGUGUCGCUCUUGGACACCUUGCACCUCGGGAGUGCUUUGUCGAUUCGCAGUUUCUUGCGUCUGGGCUCCUCAGCCUCCGUUCUCGGCAUGGCGCGUCUCGGCAGUGCGAUUAGCGUCUUGGACCAAAUCCAGAUUGGAAGCUCGCUUUCUUGCCGCAGCUUCUCGCGUCUGGGAUCGUCUAUGAGCGUUUUCGGCGUCGCCCACCUUGGAUCCUCCAUGAGCGUCCUCGACUUCGUGAACUUCGGAUCAACGAUGUCUCUGCGAUCGUUCACGCGCUUCGGCAGCACCGCUUCGCUCUACGGUCUCUCAAGACUUGCGUCAGGCGUGUCGAUUCUAGACCUGCUUCAACUAGGAACGUCCAUUUCCUUGCGCGCCUAUUGCCGACUUGGAAGCGGGCUAUCCGUAUACGGGGUGUCCAAGCUUGGAAGUGCUUUGUCCUUGCUUGACAUGAUGUCCUUGGGAUCCAGCGUCAGUCUCCGCGCCUGCGCCAGAUUCGGCAGCACGCUCUCGGUCUACGGAUUGUCCAAAUUUGGGUCUGCGAUCUCGAUUCUAGACCUGGUCAACUGCGGCAGCACCAUUUCAGUCCGAAAUUUGGCACGACUCGGCAGUUCUCUCAGCAUCUUCGGCUUUGUGUCCAUGGGCUCCAGCUUGUCGGUGCUCGACAUGCUCGUGCUCGGAAGCACGCUUUCGCUGAGGUCGGUCUCGCGACUGGGCAGCAGCUUCAGCACCUACGGCUACAUGAAGUUCGGAAGCUCGUGCUCUGUGCUCGACGCGAUCUGCUUGGGAAGUAGCUUCUCGUUGCGCAACGUGUGCCGCCUGGGCAGUGCAUUGUCCGUGUACGGAACCGCACGCUUCGGCAGCGCGUUGUCCGUGCUCGACCAGAUUUCCCUAGGAAGUUGUCUCAGUGUCCGCAGCUUUGCACGGCUGGGAUCCAGCGUAUCCGUCUUUGGCAUUUCCCACCUGGGCAGCUGCGUAAGUGUGAUGGACGUGCUAACUUUGGGCUCCACGCUCUCGUUGCGAGCGUUUGCGCGCUUCAGCAGCUGUCUGAGUGUGGUGGGCAUGGCAAGGUGUGGGUCUUGUCUCUCCGUACUCGAUCGAUUCCACCUGGGCAGUGCGAUCUCCGCGCGCACCUUCGCGCGCCUGGGCAGCACGUGCUCGGUGUUCGGGGUCUCACGCAUGGGAUCCGCACUCUCGAUCUUGGACAUUGCGAUGUUGGGAUCGGCGCUUUCCAUUCGGUCGUUUGCGCGGUUGGCCAGUUCCAUGUCCGUCUACGGCAUCAUGCGUGUUGGCAGCAGCCUCUCCGGUUUAGACGCUUUCGUGAUUUCCAGCGCGCUUUCCUGCCGCUACUUCGCACGCUUAGGAUCCAGUCUCAGCGUCUACGGCCUGGGACGUCUGGGGUCUUCCGUGAGCCUUCUGGAUUUGCUUCAGAUUGGUUCCGGCAUGAGCGCCCGCAGCUUCGCCAGGAUGGGCAGCUCAUUUUCGGUGUUUGGACUCUCUCGCUUCGGCAGUGGCAUGUCCAUCCUCGACUGCAUGCAUCUAGGAUCUACCUUGUCCGUGCGUUCCUUCCUGCGCUGUGGAUCGACGUUAUCGAUGUUCGGCUGCUCGCGGUUAGGCAGCACUUUGUCCAUCUUGGAUCAGAUUCACUUGGGCAGCGCGUUGUCUCUCCGUGGUUACGGACGCAUCGGAAGCUCCUUGUCCGUGUACGGCCUGAUGCGAAUCGGCUCUUGCAUGAGUGUCCUAGACAAUUUGAGACUCGGCAGUUCGGUGUCAGUGCGCUCCUUCAUGCGCCUCGGCAGUUCCUUGUCGCUUUUUGGCAUUGCGACGCUCGGAUCGGCCUGUUCGUUGCUGGACUACUUCCACCUCGGGAGUUGCCUGUCUCUGCGACAGUAUGCGCGUCUGGGCAGCACGGUUUCAGUGUACGGCGUCACUCGCAUCAGCUCUGCUGCGAGUCUGCUGGACUGGUGCGGAUUCGGAUCCGCGUUCAGUAUCCGCAGCAUGACUCGUCUCGGCAGUGCGGUUUCAACCUACGGAAUCGUGCGUCUUGGAUCGGCAGUUUCGCUGGUCGACUGGCUCUUAGCCGGGUCGAGCCUGAGUGUGCGCAGCUUCGCGCGCCUGGGCAGCACCACCUCCGUGUUUGGACUCACAAAACUGGGUUCUAGCAUCAGCGUUUUGAAUGUGAUGUGUGUCGGGUCGUCGCUUUCCGCACGCUCGCUCUUCCGCUGUGGAAGCUCGUUCAGCGUCUUCGGCGUUGCGCGCAUCGGGACAUGUUUGUCGGCAUUGGACUUCACGCAGAUGGCAUCCAGCAUCAGUCUACGGUCGUACGCACGCGUCGGAAGCUCCUUAUCGGUCUAUGGCAUGUCGCGUCUCGGCAGUUGCAUGAGCUUGGUCGACAUGUUGAACUUGGGCUCGGCUCUGUCCUUGCGCAGCGUCGUGAGAAUGGGCUCCGCCUUCUCGGUCUUCACAACCUUGACAGUCGGAUCGCAGUUGAGCGCACUAGACGUGAUGCAGCUGGGAUCUGCCUUGAGCAUGCGAUCUAUGAUCCGCUUUGGGUCUACGCAGAGCAUCUACGGCAUCGCCCGCUUCGGCUCCUUCUUGAGCGUUUUAGACAGCGUCAUGCUCGGCAGCGGCCUCUCAUUGCGCUCCACGGCGCGCAUUGGUUCCAGCCUCAGCGUAAUGAAGAAGGUCUUCGUGGGACGCACGAACGAGAUCUCGGUCUUAGGCUGGGUCCACUUGGGCACGUGCUUGUCUGUUAGAACGUUUGCUCGAUUUGGAUCCUCCAUGUCGACGUACGGCAUCUGCCGGUUGGGCAGUGGCUGCAGUAUGCUAGACUUCAUGGCUCUAGGCUCUACCAGCAGUGUGCGCUCCCUCGCUCGCUUAGGCAGUGGACUCUCCUGCUAUGGCGUUGUCCGAAUCGGGAGUAGCCUUUCGGCACUGGACUUCCUGUCCAUGGGCAGCACGUUUUCCAUCCGGGGUUUGUCGCGGUUGGGCAGCAGUCUCUCGGUGUUCGGCAUCGGGUAUCUGGGCUCUUCCGUCAGCAUUUUGGACCAAACGUUCCUGGGCAGUAGCUUGAGCUUGCGCGUGAGCAUGCGCUUUGGAUCCACGAUGAGCGUGUUCAAGAAGACCACUUUUGGCAGCGCGCUUUCUAUCGUCGACUACGCCGAUUGCGGCAGCAGCUUUUCGCUUCGCCGCAUUGGACGUCUCGGAAGCUGCUUGUCGCUCUUCGGCAACGUUUUUAGUGGAUCCUUGUGCUCCGUCUUGGACGCCACGGAACUUGGAAGCUGCAUGUCCUUGCGCAGCUACGUCCGCCUCGGAUCCCGCUUCAGCGCGUUCUCGCGCAUGCGAUGCGGCAGCAUUCUUUCGUCUCUCGACUUUAUGCAACUCGGUAGCUCCCAGUCUUUGCGGACUUACAGCUACCUCGGAAGCAAUCUGAGUGUUUUCUCGAGGUGCAGGUUCGGUUCGCAGUUCUCAGUCCUGGACUUCUUGGAUCUAGGAUCGGUGAUGAGCGUUAGAAACUGCCUCAAAUUCGGGUCCACGAUGAGCAUUUUCGGACAACAGCGGUACGGCUCAAGCUUGUCCCUUCUGGACAUGGCGCACUUGGGCAGCGCACUCUCGGUUCGCAGCUUCACGGUUUGCGGCUCUUGUCUGUCCGUGCAGGGCUACACGAAGUUCGGCUCGACCGUCAGCUCCCAGACCAUUGUGAAGGGUACCUUGCUCUCCGUACGAUCGUGGGCACGAUUAGGCAGCACCUUCUCGACGUACGACACUGUCCGACUCGGAAGCUCGCUUUCAGUCUUGGAUUACCUUGCUCUGGGAAGUGAGAUUUCGUUGCGACACAUUCUGAAACUCGGUUCCACGCUCUCCUGCUUCCGAUCGCUCGUGCAGAACCACCAGCAAGGCCAACGCAACGAGCCAAAUGCAGUGAGCAUUUAUGCGUAUUGCAACAUGGGUUCGACCUUGUCCCUGCGCUUUGUCCAGCGUCUCGGCUCCGCUGUCAGCAGCUAUGCAGCUUUCCGAUACGGCAGCUGCCUGAGCGUGCUGAACGCGAGUCGAUUGGGCUCAUGCUUGAGCAUUCGCGCAUUCGCUAGGUGUGGGUCAGCGCAUAGCGUCUUUGGAAAAACAAGGAUUUGCAACGUUGCCUCUGUCUUGGAUUCGCAAACGCUGGGAUCAAACUUGUCCAUCCGCAGCUUUGUGCGCAUGAACAGUGCCAUGAGCGUGCAGGGCACCACGCGACUCGGAUCUACGUUGUCCCUGUUGGAUCUGACGCACCUGGGCUCCGCUUACUCGCUACGAGGCAUUGCGACUCUCGGAAGCGCCCUGAGCGUUUUUAGCCGCACAAUUCUCGGCUCGUCAGCCUCUGUGUUGAACUAUCUGCAUUUGGGCACAGCCUUGUCGCUGCGAAGCUACAAGCGGGUUGGCAGCUGCUGCAGCCUCUUCUCGUGCGCACGAUUAGGCAGUAGUUUGAGUCUGUUGAACCGAGUGGACUUCGGAUCCUCUCUUUCGAUUCGAUCCUUCGCCAGAUUCGGAUCCGCGAUUUCCGUUUUUUCGAAGGUCUCGUGUCCUAGUCUGGUCUCCAUCCUCGACUGCCUACAAUUGGGCUCUGCUCUGUCCGUGCGCAGCUUCGCUCGCUUCGGUAGUUCCAUGUCGAUUUACGGCAUGUCCCGACUCGGAAGUUGCUUGUCCGUCCUGGACUUCGUGAACCUGGGAUCGAUUCAGUCGGUCCGCCGCUACGUGCGCAUGGGCAGCAGCUACAGCGUCUUCUCGCAGUUGCGCUUCGGAAGUCAAAUUUCCAUGUUAGACUUCGCCGGUUGCGGUAGCUCUUUGUCUUUGCGAUUGUACAACCGAGUGGGCAGCUGCAUAUCCAUUUUUGGGGCGCAGCGGUUCGGAAGCAAUUGUUCAGUUCUCGACAAGCUCGCUCUCGGAAGUGUUCUGUCUUUGCGCAGCUACUUCCGCAUUGGAUCUGUCAUCUCCGUGUUUGGGCGGUUGUUUCAGGGAUCCAGCUUGUCCCUCGUGGACAACAUCAACAUCGGCAGUUCGAUGUCCAUGCGCAGCUAUGGACGUUGCGGCAGCGGCUUUUCGGCUUUUGGCGCUGUGCGGACCGGUAAAAUCUUGUCGACGUUGAACUACGUCACGUUCGGCAGCAGCUUUUCAGUCCGGUUCCACACUCGCUUGUCGUCAUCGAUGUCCGUCUUGGACUACGUGAACAUCGGAUCAGCGAUGUCCUUGCGUCGCUUCGCGCGACUCGGCAGUGCGGUCUCACUGUUCGGCGAGGCAAGAGAAGGAGGCAGCAUGAGUGUCUUGAAAUACGUGCAGCUCUCCAGCUCCUUGAGUGUCAGAGCUGUGUGUCGUAUCGGCUCAGCUUUGUCCCUGAUGAACCAGUGCCGAUUGGGCAAGACCAUCUCGGUUCUGAACUACCUCCAGAUGGGCUCAGUGCUUUCUGUGCGUGCCGGAGCUCGUCACGGGUCGAACUGCAGUGUCUUCGGCCGUUUGGUCACGGGUUCUUGUCUGUCGGUUCUAAACGGAGCCCAGUUUGGUUCCGCGCUGUCGGUUAGACGUGCUUGCAAGAUCGGCGGUGGCGUUUCCACGUACAGCCGCUACAUGCUGACGGUGACAACGUCUGUUCUAGACUUCUCGUGUCUCGGAUCGCAAUUGUCUAUGCGCAGCUAUGCGCGCAUCGGCUCUGCGACCAGCUGCUUUGGUCGCGUCACGCUCAGCAACGCCGGCUUCAGCGUCUUCGACCAAAGUCAGAUGGGCUCGCUGCUCUCCUUGCGCAACUUCUCGAGGUUCGGAAGCAGCUUCUCGGUUUUCUCCAGAGUACAGUUUGGACGCACAGUAUCGGCUUUAGACGCAGCUCAGAUUGCCAGUUGCUUGAGCCUUCGCAGUUACAUGCGCGUUGGAAGUGGAAUGUCCAUUGUAUCUAGCAUCACGAUCGGGGACCGAAGCAGCGUCUUCAACUACUUGACCUUGGGGUCGUCGCUUUCUUGCCGCAACUACCUCCGCUUGGGUUCGGCCGUGUCUUUGACUGGCAAGGGCCGCAUUGGCGCCAUGUUCUCGAUGUUGGACUUCGCGUCAGCGGGUUCGUCGCUCUCAGUACGACAUUUCGCGCGCAUCGGCUCCGCUUUGAGUGGAUACGGACAGUUCCGCUUCGGCGGCUGCUUGUCCCUCUUCGAUAUGUUGCAGAUCGGUUCGCAGCUCUCCUUGCGCAACUACUACAGGCAGGAGACGCACUGUUCAGUGUUCUCGAAGCAGUGCAUGUCCGGAUCCAUGUCCAUCCUGAACUGGGUUUCCGGUGGAAGCGCGUUGUCCCUUCGCUGUGUCUCACGGUUGGGCAGCUCGCUGUCGACUGGCGUCGCGCCUCUGUUCGUUGGCGGCAUCAUGAGCACGCUGGACCAAGCGCAUCUGGGCAGUUCCAUGUCCUUGAGACAGUUGGGCCGCGUAGGAAGCGCAACUUCUGUAUUGAAUUUCUGUACCAUGUGUUCGAACCUCUCGCUGCGAUCGUGCACACGUUUGGGCUCUGCGCUCUCCAUCAUGCGUGGUGGCGUAGUUGGCGAAUUCAUGUCGCUCAUUGACUACGCGCAUCUUUCGAGUUCGAUCAGCAUUCGAGGCGCGAUGGAAGCUGGUUGCUCACGCGGUUUGAGCGUUCUAGACGCUGCGUUUGCGGGAAGCGCGAUCUCGUUGCGCUCCUACCAGCGCAUCGGGUCUGCAUUCUCGGUUGUCGGCAAGUUCAACCUAGACGGCUUCACAGCAGUGCAGCAGGCGUCGCACAGUGUGAUGGACUUCUUAGAGAUGGGCUCAUCGUGCAGUCUCCGUGCAUUUGUGCGGUCUACGAGUUCGCUGAGCCUCUUCAGUCGGGCCAGACUUGGGGCCUUCCUCUCCGUGGUGGACGCAGGCUCCGUUGGAAGCAGCUUGUCCUUGCGCGGAUUCGCUCGCUGCGGCAGCGCGUUGUCCCUGAUCGGACCCCGUGGCACGCGUGCUGACAUCGGUUGUGGCGCAACCUCAAUCUUGGGCUAUGCUUCGCUUGGAAGUUCCAUCAGCGUUCGCUCCCAUUGGCAACACGGCUCUGCGACGUCGCUGCUGUGCUUCGCAGCGCUCGGGGAGACUUUCUCCUUGCGCAGUGGCGCCAAGUUCGGCUCUGCGUUGUCCAUUCUGGACUUCGCAAGCUGCGGCAGCUCGGUUUCGUUGCGCGCGUUUAUGCGACUGGGCAGCACGCUGUCUGUCAAGUCCUUUGUGCGCAUUAGCAGUGGAUUGAGCAUCUUCCGAUCGUCGCAGUGCGGUGGUCGGUUCACGGUGCUGGACGCAACUAUGAUUGGGUCCUCCGUUUCCCUGCGCGCCUUCGCUCGUCUCGGUGCCACCUUCUCGUUGAACGACUUCGCGCAGUUCGGCUCUUGCCUCUCUCUGCGCGCCUCCGCUCGCAUCUCUAGUGCUUUGAGCUGUUGCAGCGCCGCCAAGUUCGGCGCGUACAUCUCCAUCUUGGACCAAGCCCAGUUCGGCUCUAGCUUGUCCUUGCGCAGCUACACCCGAUUGGGCAGCGCGAUUUCGGUCUUAGGACACGUGAUGAUGGGCAGCAGCUUGAGUGUUUUGGAUUCGUGCCACAUUGGAUCCGGAGUGUCGCUUCGCAAGUUCUUCCGCUGCGGCAGCACCUGCAGUUUGUUCGGUCGCGGUCGCUUCGCCAGCAGCUGCAGCGUCUUAGACUUCUUUCAAGCGGGCAGCGGAUGGUCAAUUCGCUCCACCGCUAGAUUUGGAGCCAAAACUUCUGUCUUCGCGUUCAUUGAAGUGGGCAGCUCUUUGUCCUUGCGAUCCUGCUGUCGCAUCGGCAGCGCGAUCUCGCUCUACAACCGAUUCAGUGGUGGCGACACCUUCUCCGUGCUAGAUGCGCAGUACGUCGGCAGCACCUUGAGUGUGCGCGGUCUCUUCAGCCGGUUGUCGGAUCACAUGUCCGUCUUCGAUCUGUGCGCUAUGAGCUCGACUUUGUCCGUCCGUGCACAGGCACGUGCGGGUUCGAGUUUGAGUAUCUACCAACGUAUUCGCAGUGACGAGAAGAUCUCUGUCUUGGACUACUGCGCUUUGGGAAGUGUUCUAUCGCUUAGAGUGGUAGGCCGCCUCGGCAGUUCCAUGUCCGUGGCCAACCGCACAAGGCUUAACCGAGCUCUGUCUCUCUUGGACUUCGUGCAUCUGGCCUCCACGGUGUCCGUACGCCAGUCGUUGCAGUACAACCGCUGGGGCAACGAGUUGUCCAUCCUGGACAGCACGACGUUCGGAAGCUGCUUGUCCCUGCGAACACAUUUGAGGUUUGGAUCAUUGUUGAGCGUCUUCUCCAAGGUACAACUCGGCAGCAGCAUGUCCAUCAUUGAUUACUGGACUCUUGGCAGUUCGAUGUCGUUGCGCGCUCGCGUCCGUUUAGGCUCGAGUCUCAGUGUCUUCGGUGCUGGACGCGUUGCGAGCACGGCAUCCGUGCUGGACUAUUUCAACGCAGCCAGCAGCUUAUCCCUGCGUGGACACGUCCGCUUCGGAGAACAGGUUUCUCUAUUCGACUACACGAGUUUCGGCAGUUCGCUUUCCUUGAGACAGUACUCGCGUAUGGGUAGCACCCUUGAGGUCUUUGGUCGCACAAUCAUUGACUCGAAAAUCAGUCUUUUGGAUCAUGCGACGCUAGGAAGUUCUCUGUCCGUGCGAUGCCGCGUGCGCUUCGGGAAUACCGGAAGUGUAGACCAAGCCGAGUUCAACAACUACGUGUCCUCAGUCUUCGACUUCUUGGCUUUGGGCACAAGUUUGUCGUUGCGUUCCUACGCACGCUUCGGCAGUUCGAUGUCGGUCGCGCCGGUCGCACGCUUAGGCAGCAGUAUCAGCUUGAUGAUGCACUGCGGUGCAGGCAGCACGUUGUCUCUGCGCGCGAUUGGCCGCUUCGGCUCGCACGUCAGCGUCCUGUCGAAGGUGCAGUUUGGAGGAACCUUGUCCGUCCUCGAUGCCACGAGCUUUGGCUCAACACUCUCUGUGCGCAGCUACGUCCGACUUGGCAGCUUGGUGUCUAUUUUCGACAGACUCCGCGUCAGCCAGAAGGUGUCCGUUUUGGACCAUACCAACCUCGGAUCCUCCAUUUCGCUGCGGAGCUUCUCAAGGUUGUCUUCUACGAUGAGUAUUUUCAGCAGUUUCCGCCAAGCAUCGAGCAUCUCCCUGUUCGACUUCUUCAACUGCGGCAGCACUCUGUCCUUACGUGUUUCCGCACGCUUUGGCAGUGCCUUGUCGCUGCAGUCCCGAUGCUGGAUGGGGCGCGCGAUCUCCAUUGCGGAUUACUUCCACUGCGGCUCGACCAUCUCGAUUCGUAGUUACCUGCGUUUGGGAAUGUCCCUAUCCAACGCGGCCUCAGUCGAGGAACGAUCCGAUGCGGCGACACCUGUCUCCACCUUUGACUACACGAAACUCGGUUCAGGUUUGUCUGUGCGUUCCUACGUGCGCUUCGGAAGCUGCAUCUCCGUGUUGCAGUGGAGUCGAGUGGGAAGCAGCCUGUCCGUGUUGAACUUCUUCAACCUGGGCAGCAUGCUGUCGAUCCGAGGGUACACGAGACAGGGAAGCAGCUACACAUGCUGUGGAUUCGGAAGGUUUGGAAGCUCCCUCUCCACUUUCGACAUGAUGGCGUUGGGUUCGACUCUGUCGAUGAGAGCGCACGCCCGUCUAGGCUCCAAGCUCUCCGUCUUCAAGGGACUCACAAUCGGCGACGACUUCUCGAUCUACGACUUCUUUCAACUCGGAAGCUCCUUGUCUUUGAGGACAACGACGAAAUUGACCAGUGCAAUCAGCAUCUUCGGACACCAGUCCAUUCGCCUGCGACCGGAAUUCUCCGUGUUGGACCAGUUCACCCUGGGUUCGAUGUUGAGCGUCCGUCAGAUGGUGAAACUCGGAUCGGCUUACUCCAUCUUUGGAUACGUUCGAUGUGCGACAAACGUGUCCGUGCUCAAAUUCACGCAUUUGGGCAGUCAAAUGUCGGUCCGCAGCUACUCGAAACUGGGCUUCACGUGUUCGAUCUUCAGUCGCGGUAACUUUGGCUCCUCAUUGUCCGUCUUGGAUUUUGCGCGCGUUGGCGAUUUGAACCUUCGCGAAAACGCCUUCAUGCGAAUGGGCUCCAACCUGUCCGUUUUCUCGCGAACCAUCUUCGCCUCCUCAAUCUCGACUCUGGACUUCACCCACUUUGGUUCUUCCUUGUCAUUGAGGGAGUUCAUGCGACUGGGCAGCCAGUUGUCCCUGCUGAACACGUCGAACUUGCGACACCACGGCGGAACCUUGUCCGUGCUGGACCUGAUGAUGCUGGGCAGUUCCUUGUCCGUGAGGGAGUGCAUGCGCUUUGGGGAGCACUCGUUCUCCGUGUUCGAGUUCGUCAACUUCGCUUCCUCGAUGUCCAUGCGGUCUCUGGCAAGAUGCGGCAGCACGCUGAGCGUGAAAGCUUCUAUUAGGCUCAGUUCCUCCAUGUCCAUCUUCGGACAAACGCGGCUCGGAUCUUCCAUGUCCGUUUUGGACAUUCUGAGACUGGGUAGCACCAUGUCUUUGCGUGCCAGCUACAAGAUGGGCAGCAAUUUCAGCAUCUUUUCGAGGCUGCAAAUGGGCAGCGGAGCCUCCGUUUUGAACAUCUUCCAAUUGGGCAGUACCUUGUCUCUACGCAACAUGGUCCGUUGUGGAAGCACUUUUACAGUGUUCUCGACCGCACGUGUUGGGUCUAGUGCUAGCGUCAUUGACUUCGUGAACCUGGGAAGUUCGGUGUCCGUCCGCGGCUUCCUGCGGCUAGGGAGCAACUUGACAGUGCUUGGCACGGAACGAUGUGGCAGCAGCGUUUCGAUCUUGCACUACCUGAACCUUGGCAGUUCCUUGUCUCUUCGUACGUGCGUGAGACUCGGAAGCACCAUGUCAGUGAUCACGAGCGGAAAGUUGGGAAGCAUGGUCUCCGUUUUGGACACCGUGAACUUGGCUUCGCAACUGUCUUUGCGCAACACCGCACGCCUGGGCAGCACGCUGUCGGUCAUGGCGCGUGUGCGACUAGCGGAAGGCGGCGUCUCGAUUUUGAACUGCAUCUGCUUCGCAUCGAGCAUUUCUCUUCGUCACGCCUGUGACCUGGGCGCUCAAGUAUCUGUGCUAGACUUCUUGCAGCUGGGUACCACCUUGUCGCUGCGCUCUAGCAUGCGUCUAGGAUCUUCCUACUCGAUCUUCGGUCGCGUGAUGCACGGAGGUGUCGCAACUUCCGUUCUCAACUUCUUGCAGCUUGGUACAGCGCUGUCGCUGCGCUCCUUCUGCCGGUUGGGAAGUUCCUUUUCCCUGUUGCGUGAAAAGUCUUUGGGAUCCUCACUUUCUCUUCGCGCAGUCCUCCGAUUCGGCAGCACCUUGUCUACGCUGGAGAUGCGCACAAGACUGGGAGGCGAUUUGAGUGUCCUCUCGUGCGCCUGCCUCGGCAGUUCGCUUUCUCUGAGAAGCACCGCGAGGCUGGGCAGCUGCUUUUCCGUGAUCGACUUCGUGCAGAUCGGCAGUUCCCUGUCUAUGCGUGAUGCGCAUCGCAUGGGAAGUGGAUUCAGCCUGAUGAGCCAGAUGAGACUGGGCAGUGAAUGCAGCGCUGUGUCCUACCUGCACUUGGGCAGUUCUCUUUCGACUCGUGCAGUGCAGCGGGCCGGACGCUCCGUGUCUGUGUUCAGCAAAACGCAGUUGGGUGCAACCUACAGCAUCCUGCAGCAUUUUGAUGUGGGAAGCAGCUUUUCGCUACGAACUGCGAUCCGGUUUGGAACGCAAGUUUCGGUGUUCGAAGCUUUGAAGAUUGGCGCUCGGCUCUCGAUCUUAGACCACAUCGACUUCGGAAGUUCGUUGUCCCUACGCGGUUUCGCGCGUUUCGGCAGCCACUGCUCUUUGCUCGACAUGUGCACUCUUGGAAGUUCCCUCAGUCUGCGUGGCUACGCCAGACUCGGAUCCGCAUGCAGCGUCCUCAGCUACGGGCGCGUGGGCUCUACCAUGUCCAUGCUGGAGUCCGUCACGGCCGGAAGCGCCUUGUCGUUGAGGCAAUUUGUGCGACUUGGAUCGGUGCUCUCGAUGCUCUCGCAAGUUCGCUUCGGCUCUUGCUUGACCGUUUUGGACUUCGUGUGCGCGGGCAGUGCCGUUUCCGUACGCAGCUUCGCGCGUGUGGGCAGCGCGUUCAGCGUUUGCUCAUGCCUGAGGCUCGGCAGCGUCCUUUCGCUCCUGAACCGGGAUCAAGUCGGUAGCAGCUUGUCGCUCCGCAGCUUCUGCCGCCUCGGCUCCAACAUGUCGUUGCUAGAUCGCGUCCGUCUGCACCAGACGAUGUCUGUGCUCGACCAGUCGCAGCUUGGAUCUUCUCUAUCAGUACGUUCCAUGUCGCGCUUCGGGGAUUCCCUGAGCAUGCUCAACUUCGCGGGUCUCGGUUCCGCAUUGUCGCUUCGCGAAUACACCCGAUUUGGGUCCACAAUCUCUUUGUUCAAAGCGAACAACGCCGGCGCCGGUUUGUCCUGUCUUGGCUUCGCGAACCUAGGUUCCAGCCUGAGUCUGCGAUCCUACGUGGCCUGCGGCCAGGUCCUCAGCGUCUUGGACGUGGUCGCCAUUGGGAGCGCUUUAUCCUUGAGAAGCGCAGUGAGACUCGGAAGCACGAUGUCGUGCUUCUCGAGGAUGGCGGGAGACGCAAUGUGCAGUAUCCUCACCUACACGCAUUUGGCCAGCAGCUUGUCUGUGCGCGACCAGUUCGUGUGUCGGGCCCCGACUUCGGUUUUGGACUUCUUCAACCUCGGAUCCACUGUGUCCGUACGUGGAGUGAGUCGUGUGGCCAGUUCGCUGUCCGUUUUUAGCCGCGUUGUGUGCGGAAGCAGCAUCUCGGUGCUUAACUUUUUGCAUUUGGGCUCGACAUUGAGUUGUCGCAUCGCGGCUAGAGGAGGAUCGAAUUGCUCGACGUUCGAUUACUUCCAGAUGGGGUCUGUACUGUCCUUGAGACAGUAUCUGCGCUUAGGAAGUUCGCUGUCCGUGCACUCGCGUUAUGGGGUUUCGGCGUUAUCCGAGUCCCUCUCCGUGCUCGACACCAUCCGCAUGGGCUCUGUAUUGUCCAUUCGGGCAUUGGCGAGGUACGCGCAGGACUGCUCGGUCUUCGACCGGUUGCUCUUGGGCAGCACGCUUUCCGUGCGCUCGUGUCAGCGCAUCGGCAGUGCAGCUUCGGUGUUUGGUCGCUUCGCUUGCGGGAGCACACUGUCUUUGCUGUGCAGUGCCUUCUUGGGAAGCACUUUGAGCAUUCGCAGCAAGGUUCUACUGGGCGGGAAGCAUCGUCCAUCGGUUUGCGACCAGAUCUUGGUUGGAAGCACUCUUUCGGCGAGGAACUUCGUUCGCAUGGGUGACCAGUUACCGCUGAUUGGCGGAAACGUGCUCAUUGGACGCAGCGUCUCAGUCUUAGAUGGUCUGCAAUUGGGCAGCACUCUGUCAGUUCGCUCUGGCGCACGAUGCGGCGACUCGAUGUCCCUGUUUGAUGCGUUCGCUCUCGGCAGUUCGAUCAGCUGUCGGUCUGUUGCUAGACUCGGAAGCGCCCUCUCCAUCUUCGGCGCAGUAGCGGUUUCCAGUGCUUUCAGCGUCCUAGACGCAGUUCGCGCAGGCAGUGCGGUUUCCUUGAGAGCGUUCUGCAGACUGCAGUCGAGCGCAAGCUUGUUUAGCCGUGUUGCGGUUGGAUCGCAGCUGUCGAUUCUGAACUUCACGCACUUGGGCUCUACAGUGUCCCUACGUGCGUUCUUCAGGUGCGGUUCCAACUUGUCGGUCUUCUCGAAGGUUCCGCUCACGCAGUGCUGCACCGUUCUAGACUACCUGCAGAUGGGUUCUGCUAUGUCGCUUCGCAGCUUCGGAAGGUUCGGCUCGGCCCUCAGCGUGAUGUCGCGAGGGGUCUUCGGAUCUGGACUUUCUAUUCUAGACGCCACCAGCUUCGGAAGCUCCUUAAGCAUUCGUGGCUACGUGAAGAUUGGUUCGAGCAUUAGCGUUUUGACGAUCGCACGCGUGAGCGAUAACCGUCAAAUGCUCUUCUCAGUGAUGGACAUGUGCAAUUUGGGCAGCAGCCUCUCCGUCAGAGGUGCCGCAAAGCUCGGAUCGCGUGGAAGCGUCUUUGACUUCAUGGAGCUCGGCAGCGCUUUGUCGUUGAGGAACUACUUGCGUGUCGGAUCCAGUCUCUCCGUCGUGGAGCAAAUCCGCACAGCAGCGGCCAUGUCGAUUCUGAGCCAGGUGAUGCUGGGUUCGUCACUUUCGGUGCGAUCCUAUGUGCGUCUCGGAAGUGCGAUUUCCGGAUUGGACUUCCUACAUUGCGGCAGCACGCUGUCGAUUCGCAACUACGUGCGCGUUGGCAGUGGAGCCUCGGUUUGCUCCCACGCGCAAGUCGGAAUGCGGUUGUCGGUUGUGGAUUGCGCAAGUCUAGGGUCUAGUUUGUCGCUGCGAGCAGUCUUGAGACUGGGUUCCGCAGCUAGCGUUUUGCGCACCUUGGACAUCGGGGCCAACGCUUCGGUGCUUGACUUCCUGCACUUGGCCUCCAGUUUGAGCAUUCGUGGAGUCGCGCGUCUCGGCUCGAGCGCGUCCUUGUUCAGCCAAGUACGUGCGGGAGCGGAACUCUCAGUGCUGGACUUCAUGCAUCUGGGCUCCGCGCUUUCGCUGCGACAAUUCAUUCGUGCGGGAUCCUCAAUCAGCGUUCUCGGACGUGUACAGAUCGGUAAGGCGCCGGGCCUGACCUUGCUCAGCCACCUUCAUGUUGGUUCUUCGCUCUCCUUGCGAGAAGUUUCGAGACUUGGAUCCAGGUUAAGUGUUCUUGACGAACUCUUGCUCGGUUCGAGCCUCAGUUUGCGCAACAUGGCCCGCGUGGGGUCCGCCCUCUCGGUCAUGUCGCAGUUGCGAUUCGGCAGCAGCGCUUCUGUACUAGACCACCUGGCUUUGGGCAGUACUCUGAGUCUACGAAACUUCGUACGCAUUGGCACAGCUGCUUCGCUGGUCUUCUCCGCGGUCCGCGUAAGCUCGUCCCUCAGCGUGCUCGACUUCUUCCAGGCAGGAAGCGCUUUGUCGCUGCGCCGCUUCUUGCGCGUCGGCAGUGCUCUUUCGGUGAACACAGCCGUUGAUAUCAGUGGAGCAGCCUCGAUCCUCUGCUGGACGCAUCUGGGCAGCUCGCUCAGUGUGCGUGGCGCCGUCAGAGCAACCGGAUGGAGACCAUCUGUCCUUAACGCCCUGCAAUUGGGCUCCAGUCUGUCCGUGCGUGCGACAGUGCGUUUCGGUGACGUGCUUAGCGUUUUGGACUCCGAAGCUCUCGGCAGUUCUCUAUCGCUCCGCCAGUUCUUGCGACUUGGAUCUACGCUGUCCAUUUUAUCCGGCUGUCGCUCUGCACAUGGAAUGUCAGUCAUUGACCUGAUGAGUCUUGGAAGCUCCUUGUCUUUGCGAAGCAGUCCUGCCAUGUGCGGAGACUACUUUUCGGCCUUCGACUUCCUGAAACUUGGCUCUAGCACGUCCUUGCGUUCCUACGCAAGACUCGGAAGUUCCCUCAGUGUCCUCAGCAAGACCCAAGUUGCAGCUAAAGCUUCGGCUUUGGACUUCUUCAACUUGGGCUCUUCGUUGUCGUUGCGGUUUACGACUCGUUCUGGCUCUACUCUGAGCAUUGUCGGGACCUACGGCCGUUUGGGAGGUGCCACAUUCUCGGUCCUGUCCUGCGCAUCCCUAGGCAGUUCGCUGUCGUUGAGGAGUUCUCCAGCAUUGUUAGGUCAGGCCAUGAGCGUUUUGGACGCUACGACCAUAGGAUCUUCUCUGUCGCUACGAACGCACACCCGAAUGGGCGGUCACGUAUCGCUGUUCCGCAACGUGCGCUUCGGAGAUACGGUCUCAACCUUGGACUUCCUAGAAAUUGGAUCUACGGUGUCGCUCCGCGCCUUCAGUCGGAUUGGACGUGGCCAUAAGCUGGUGACGUCAGUCUUCGGUCCAAAGCUUUUGGGCAGCUGCUUGUCGGUUCUCGACAUGCUCACGCUCGGGUCCGCCUUGUCCGUGCGUUCCUUCAUGCGGUUCGGCUCCUCGUUGAGCAUCUGGGGUAUGUCGAGGUUGGGCAGCACCUUUUCAACGUUGGACGUGGUGGACUUUGCCUCAACCAUGUCUUGUCGCAGCUACUUCCGCAUCGGAAGCAGUUUGAGUGUGCUCGAGAAGGCCUCGUUUGGCGAAAAUGUGAGUAUUCUAGACUUCGUGCAUGUGGGAAGCAGUUUGUCGCUGCGCGGCUUCAAUCGCUUGGGCAGUGGUUUGUCCAUGUACGGCAUCGCGCAAUUCGGCAGUUCCAUGUCGAUCCUUGACACCAUCGGCGUCGGCAGCUCUCUCAGUUUGCGGUGUCUUGCUAGACUCGGCAGCACCCUGAGCAUCUACGGCUUGACGAAGCUGGGCAGCUGCGUUUCGACUUUGGACUACUUGGCCCUUGGAACGUCUCUGUCCUUGCGCCGCUGCUUGAGGAUCGGCAGCUCCUUCUCGGUUGUGGGAAAAAUCCUGGUCGAAACCAAUCUCUCCGUGGUUGACGUGAUGCGCUGUGGCAGUUCCAUCAGCUUGAGGAACGUCUUCAAGCUUGGACGCUACUGCUCGAUCCUGGACGCGGUUGCCCUUGCUUCGAGCUUGUCCUUGCGCUCCACUGCCUAUUGCGGAAACAAAGUCUCCCUUCUCAGCUUCCUGCAGAUGGGAUCCAGCUUGUCCAUGCGGAACUUCGUGAGACUCGGAUCCGGCUUGUUCAGCGUCUAUGGCGAAUCCAUCACGCCCUUUGGGUCGUCGCUUUCGGUCGUAGACCAGCUGCACCUGGGUUCCAGUGUGUCCUUGAGAGGCUCGAUCCCGUAUUGUCAACGCAUUUCCGUGUUGGAGUGCGUACAGCUCGGCAGUUCCUUGUCCACGCGUCAAUUCACGCGUGUAGGCCAAAGUGUGAGUGUCUACGGCGAUCGCACGUUCAUCGGGCGUGCGGGACAAGCAACCACGGCCACUUCCGUGUUCGGCUACGCACACUUGGGUUCGUCCAUGUCGUUGCGCAGCAUGUGCCAGUUCUCGCAUCAGGUGUCGAUCCUGAACGCUGUGCAACUGGGAACCACGCUCAGUUUGCGCCAGUACACGCGCUUGGGCACCAGCAUUUCGGUCCUCGGCAAGCGAUUGCUGCUUUCCGGUGACACCUUCUCGGUUCUCGAACGCGCUGCCUUUGGCAGCUCGAUGAGUCUCCGAGCGGGAGUUCGUUUUGGCGAUGCGCGCCACGGCUUCUCCGUGCUGAGCUACGUCAACCUCGGAUCGACCGUUUCGCUCCGAGACUUCGCAAGACUCUCGUCUUCCGUCUCGAUCUUAACGAAAUGCGUAACCGGUGGAGAACUCUCCGUUUUGGACUCGAAGUUCCUAGGCAGCACCUUGAGCAUCCGCAAUGUCAUGCGCGCAGGAUCGCACAUGAGCAUUCUGGACUACCUGCAUUUGGCAUCGUGCAUCUCUGUACGCUCUAGCACACGUCUCGGAUCCGCGGUAUCGGUCAUGGGACUGUGCAGGUACAUUAACUGCUUCCACUUUUUUAGAUUGGCUUUUCUUGUGAUGACAUCACAUGAUCAACAGAAGCCGAUGAAGUGUGGUUACUUAUACACAAUCUUGACUACAUCAAAUUCAAAUUGAUUCUAGUAGUCUUGCGUUUUCACAAUCGGGUUUUACAUUACUAGCCCCUCUACUUUAUUCUGCAAACAUGAUCACGAUUCAUGAUGAUGAUGUUGAUGAUCAAGAUUCCACACCAACCAAACAUCAACCUGAACCUUCUCACCUCACAGGUACAUGGGUAGCACGUAUGCGUUAUCCGUGAUUGACGUCUGCACGCUUGGUAGCAGUUUGUCGGUACGAGGAAGCGUGAAGAUUCCGUCUACUUUGAGUGUGCUCGACGAGUUCCAUCUUGGGUCCUCCCUUAGUGUGCGGAGCCGCUUCCGCGUGGGCGAUACGCUGAGCGUCGUCGACAUGGUGCAUCUGGGCACCAGCUUGUCCUUGCGACAGUUCUUGAGGUUGGGCAGCAGUCUGUCCAUCUUGGAGCCAAGACUGAAGAAGACGCCGCUCGACUCGACUUUGUCCGUGUUGAACCAGGUUUGCUUGGGUAGCGGCGUGAGUCUGCGAGGUUUGGGCAGGUUUGGCAGUGCGUUGAGUGUGCUGAACUACGUUGGAUACGGCAGUAACCUUUCCUUGCGCAGCUACAUGCGCUUCGGUUCAAGUGUUAGCGUGUUGAGCAAGAUCGCGCUGGGAGAAUCGCUUUCCUUGUUGCAGCAGCUGGAACUCGGAAGCUCACUCAGCAUGCGCCAGUUCCUGAGAGCGGGAGCACCUAAGAUCAGCGUCUUGGACAUCCUGCAUUUGGGAACCACCUUUUCGCUACGCGCGUUCCUCCGCGUCGGCAGUGCGCUGUCCAUCGUCGAGAAAGUGCGUUGCGGCGCUGCCUUGAGCGUGAUCGAAUCAGUGAAUUUAGGUUCGGGUCUUUCGGUGCGCAGUGGGUUGAAGAUGGCCAGCUUCGCAUCUUGCUUGGACUUCGUGCAGCUGGGCAGUUCCUGCUCGGUCCGCAACGUCGUUCGCGCUGGCUCGGCGACUUCAGUCUUGGCCUUCUGCGCCAUUGGAUCCUCGGUUUCCUUGCGACGCGUCGGCCGCUUCGGUUCCUCGCUAUCCGCUUGCGGCACCUGCCGUCUCGGACAAGCCUUGAGCAUUCUGUCCUAUGCUCAACUGGGCUCGAGCAUGAGCGUGCGCGUCGCUACCAAGUUCGGCAGCAAAGUGAGUUUCAUGGACGUGUUGAACCUCGGCAGCUCACUGUCGCUCCGAAGCUUUGCUCGCAUGGGUUCGAGACUGAGCAUUUGCGGCACUACGGCACUCGCUAGUCGUGUAUCGAUGCUCAAUUUCACGAGCAUGGGCAGCUCGCUGUCGUUGCGGGGUCGCGCGUGGUGCGGCAACGCCUUGUCGGCACUCGACUCGAUUCAAUGCGGUAGCGCGCUUUCCGUCAGGAACUUCAUGCGUGCUGGAAGCACCGUUUCGAUCUACUCGCGGUUCCGCACGGGCUCUGAGGCCAGUCUCUUGUCCGAGUGCUUGAUCGGUUCCUCUCUGAGUGUGCGAUCGACCAUGCGGUUUGGAUCCGCGGUGAGCACUCUGCAGUGCAUGAACAUGGGUAGUACGCUCUCGCUGCGCAACUACGUUCGCGCUGGCACGACGAUCACUGUGCGCGGUUUGACCAGGGUGGGCAGCUGCUACGCCUGCAGCGCGAUCAAUCAGGCCCAUCUCGGCAGCAGCUUCUCUCUCCGUGGCUUAAUGCGUUGCGGCUCGGACUUAAGCGUCCUUGACGCGGCCUCGCUUGGGAGCACGUUCUCCGUGCGCGUGACCACCAAGUUUGGCGGUGCUUUGUCCGUGCUCGACCUCGUUACCCUUGGCAGCAGCUUGUCCCUGCGCAGCAUGUUGCGUUGCGGCUCCUCGCUUUCGGUAAUGAAGAAGGUGCAGAUGACCGGUGACCGCGUCUCUCUGCAAGGAGAGAUCAAUCUCGCCUCGUCUUUGAGCAUUCGCUGCUUUGGUCGAUUUGGCUCUGCUCUUUCGGCGCUCGACUACGUCAAUCUGGGCUCCAGUAUGUCCUUGCGGUCCUACGUGCGCUUAGGCAGCGCUUUGAGUAUCCUUCGACGCGCUGACGUGUGCGAGCACGCUUCGGUGCUGGACGUCGUCACGCUGGGAAGCUCCCUGAGCGUGCGCAACGCCGUACCUUUCGGAAAGACCAUGUCUGUACUACAAUUCGCAAACCUUGGUAGCACCUUGAGCUUGCGCAACUUCUUGAAGGUUGGUUCCACCGUGUCCGUGCUGUCCACGACGACGGCAAGAGGGUCUUUGUCGGUCCUAGAAAAGGUCCUGUUGGGUUCUUCUUUGUCGCUGCGCGGACGCACAAGCCUCGGAUCCCGCGAACUCUCAGUCGUGGACUUUUUGGCCUUGGGCUCUAGCGUGAGCGCGCGUUGCGGCGUCCGCUUCGGCAGUGGAUUGUCCGUGAUCAACUUCUUGCAGUUGGGCACCACGUUGUCGAUUCGCGCAGCAGCACGUCUGGGAAGCUCCCUCUCCAUUUUCGGCGAAGCGAAACAGCGCGCGAAUUUGUCCGUUCUGUCCCAUCUGCACCUCGGCAGCAGCAUGAGCUUGCGCUCAUCUGCGUUGCUCGGACAUGGGUACGCGCGCUGCUCUCUGGUCGAUCAGGUCUCCUUCGGCUCUGCACUGUCUCUUCGCAGCUUCGCACGCUUCGGCACAGUACUGUCGGUUGAGGGCAAGAUGGCAGCCGGCGGUCCCGGACGUGUUUCAAUCCUAGACUUCGUCCACCUCAGCAGUUCUUUGUCGCUCCGCUACAGUGGUUUACUGGGUUCGAAUCUGAGUGUCUUCGAUUCCGCAGCAGUCGGCAGCAACUUGAGCAUGCGCAGCUUUCUCAGGGUGGGCUCGCACUGUUCCGCCUUCGGAUCGAUCCGCGCAGGCAGCACUCUGUCUGUUCUGACCUUCGUGGCCUUCGGAUCCAGUCUGUCCGUCCGAGGAAGCUUUGGCAUGGCGAAGAGGGUGUCCACCUUGAACUUCACGAACUUGGCUAGUUCGGUCAGCCUGCGUGCCGCUGUGCGCUGUGGAUCCACCAUCAGCGUCUUCGGCAUGGGCAUCUGCGGAUCGGUCACGUCUUGCAGUGUCCUUCACGCUACCAGCUUUGCGUCCGCUCUGUCGGUGCGCAACGUGGUCCGCAUCGGCUCGCGCCUGUCCGUUCUAGACACGCUGGUUUUAGGAUCCGCGAUUUCGCUGCGUUCCAACCUCGUAGUUGGCCUAGGAGGCAGCCUCAGCGUCCUCGACGCGACUCUCUGUGGCUCCUCGUUGUCUCUGCGAACGACGCUGCGACUCGGAAGCUCCUGUUCGGUGAUGUCCCACGCUACCGUUGGGCUCGGAGCACAAUUGGCUUCUGUACUCGCUUGCACACACUUGGGUAGCUCGCUCUCGGUACGUCAAGGCAUGCGGUUUGGCGCGCCAACUAGCGUGUUGGACUACGUGCAGUUCGCGACGUCCGUGUCUUUGCGCUCGUACGCCAGACUUGGCAGUGCGCUCAGCGUGCACGGUCUCGCCACCAUUGGAAGUGUCUCGAAGGUGAGCGUGAUGCAGCAGGUGAUCAUGACUAGUUCGUUGUCUCUGCGCCAGUUCGUGCGCUUCGGUGACUGCGCCAGCAUGCUCGACGCCUUUGCACUGGGCAGUUCCUUGAGCCUCCGCUCCACCUGCAAGUUCGGCUCCAGCUUCUCCGUGUUCGGAGAGAGAACGAAUUUUGGCAUGCAAGCCUCCUUGCUGGACCAACUGGCGCUUGGCAGUUCCCUGAGCGUCCGUUCUACGGCGCUGUUGGCGGGAAAGCUGUCUGUUGUAGACUUUUUGACGCUGGGAUCCUCGUAUUCUGUGCGUGGAAUGACCCGAUCGGGUGCCGCGGUCUCGGCGUUGGACUUCUGCUGUCUCGGAAGUUCGGUGUCGCUCCGUGCCUUCACGCGUGUUGGCAGUGCGGUCUCCGUGUUCUCCUCCAUGACGGGUGGAGCAACGCUUUCGGUGCUCGACCAGGUCGUGAUGGGCAGCAGCUUGAGCAUCCGCAGUGUCUGCACGCGUGCAGGCGACGUCUUGAGCACCUUCAACUUCGUCUCCCUCGCAAGCGCGCUGUCGAUCCGCUCCACGGUGCAGAUCGCAGCCAAGCACGCUGGCGUCUCAGUGCUCAACUGUGUGCACCUCGGCAGCACGGUGAGCCUGCGGUCUUAUCUGAAUGCGGCGGACAGAAUCUCUGUGCUCGACACCUUGCAGCUCGGAUCUAGCAUCUCGAUGCGAAACUUGGCAAGGCUGCCUCGCUCCCUGUCGGUGCUGGACAGCGCCACCUUCGGUAGCUCGCUGUCUUUGCGUGCCUUUGCGCGCUUGGCGUCUGGCUUGUCGGUUGUAGAGAUCGCAAGACUUUCCAAAGGACUCUCUGUUUUGGACCAGCUUCAACUGGGAAGCUCGUUGAGUGUGCGUGGCAACAAGUGCACGACGGGAGGCUCCUUGUCGACAUUGCUCUUCGUGCAGAUGGGUUCAGCUCUGUCGGUCCGUACCUACUGCCGACUCAGCAGCGGCUUCUCGCUGUUCGGAAAACAAACGGCUGGCGCAGCAUUGUCAGUCACCGAUUUUCUGCACAUUGGCAGCUCGCUCAGCGUUCGCGGCGUCAUUCGGUCGGCAGACUCCUUGUCGGUCGCGGACUUCGUCCCGCUUGGCAGCGCGCUCUCCGUACGACGCUUUGUGCGUUGUGGCUCCGGUCUCUCGGUGCUCAGCUCUGUUGUUCUGAGCUCCAGCAUGUCCGUUUUGGACUACGCAGAUUUCGCUAGCUCCCUGUCUCUGCGCGCGAUGUGCACGAUCGGCAAGGCCAGUUCCGUGCUGGACUUCCUACAGAUGGGAAGCGGACUCAGUGUGCGCAAUUGGGCCAGAAUCAGUUCUGGGGUCAGCGUUUUGGGCCACGCGAGAAUUGGCGCGGCAACGAGCAUCCUCGGCUUUGCCCAGUUGAGCUCCUCUCUUUCUUUGCGCGGCUACUUCGCCCGCUGCGGUUCUUGCAGCUCCAUUCUCGACAUGCUGCAGCUCGGAACGAGCUUGAGUGUGCGCAGCUGGAUGCGCGUAGGCAGUGCGCUCUCUGUCGUUGAGUGCACCAGACUUGCGGUUUCGCUCUCCGUGGUGGACAUGGUAAGCCUCGGAUCCUCCUGCUCGGUGCGGAACUACGCGCGUCUUGGGUCUAGACUCUCAGUUCUCAACUGCUUACAGCUCGGAUCCAGCUUGAGCGUUCGCGCCGGACUAGACGUGGGUGGAAGAUGCACAAGUGUUAUUGACUUCUUGCGCUUGGGCUCGAACCUGUCGUUGCGCCACUUCAUCCGAUUGGGCAGUCGCUGCAGCGUCCAAGGCGCGUCCAAGGUGGUUCCCUUCGCUUCGGUCAUGGACUGCUUAAGCCUAGGCAGUUCCUUGAGCCUGCGUUCGCACUUCCGCUUGGCGGAUGCGCUGUCUGCUCUAGACUACGUGCACAUGGGCAGCACAGUGUCGUUGCGAAACUUCGUACGUGGUGGAGAUAUGGCCAGUGUGUUCGACUUCGUACGUCUGGGCUCGACUUUGAGUCUCCGUACGGCGACUCGACUCGGAUCGAACGUCUCGAUUCAGGGUGCGCGACUGCGCCUGACCAAUGAGUUGUCCAUUCUGGACCAGCUGACGGUCGGCAGCUCGUUGUCCGUCCGGUCGAUGGCUCGACUCGCUGGCAGCAGCCUCAGUGUCCUUAACUAUGUGCAGUUGGGCAGCAGUUGCAGCACUCGCAGCGUCCUGCGUUGCGGACGCGAGGUGAGUGUUACUGGCUUGUCCAGAGUCUCUUGCGGCCUUUCGGUGGUAGAUCAGAUGCACCUCGGCAGUUGCUUGUCCGUACGCAGCGGCGCUUUGGCUGGUGAGUCCCUGUCGGUGCUGAACUUCGUAUCGCUGGGAAGCGCUCUAUCGUUGCGCGCAGCCAAUCGCCUGGGCAGCUGCGUGUCCCUACGCGCUUACGUGCGACUCAGUUCCAAUUGCUCGGUCUUUUCAAGGGUCGUCAUGUCCGCCAAAACCGCGGAUAGCACGCUCUCGGUGCUACAACAGAUCCAGAUCGGUUCUUGCCUAUCGAUCCGGCACACCGCGACACUGGGAAGUGCGCUAAGCAUCUUGGACUUCAUGAACAUGGGCUCUUCUUUGAGUCUUCGGGACGCCAUGCGCAUCGGCUCUGGCCUCUCGGUCUUCGAGAAGUUGGCCUUGGCGCACAGCAUUUCGCUGGUCGAUUGCGUCACGCUCGGCUCCUCGCUCUCCGCGCGCGGAGGUUUUGCGCGGUUCGGCCAAAAGCUGAGUGUGUGUGACACGUGCGCGCUGGGUAGUGCGCUCUCCCUGAGAGCACACUUGAAGCUGGGCAGCUCGGUCUCCGUCUACGGCAAGUACAUCCGUUCCAACAUUGCGCCGAUGAGCAUCAUCGAUCGCUUCCACUUAGGCAGCUCGAUCAGCUUGAGAACCGUCUCUCGCCUCCAGAGCAACCUUUCGGUGAUCGACUACGUCGCUUUCGGAUCUUCUCUGUCGAUCCGCGAUGUCUUGCGCUUGGGAAGUGGACUUUCCUGUCUCCACCCAGUGCGAAAUCGUGGCGCGCGCUUCUCAGUGUGCGACCAGUACUUGGUCGGCAGCUCGCUUUCCACGCGCUCCAGGAUCCGUAUGGGCUCCAGCCUGUCUCUGCGUGGCUUUGUGAAGCUUGCAUCGACGAUGUCGGUCUUCGGCGUGACCAGAUUGGGAUCCGGACUCAGCGUGUUAGGCGUGAUGACCUGCGGAUCAGGCCUGUCUCUGCGCGCCUUCGGCCGCGCGGGCAGUGCACUCUCCGUCAUCGACGUUUUGCAGCUGGGAAGCACGGUCUCGCUCCGUGCCAUCGUGCGUUGCGGAUCGUGCCUCAGCGUGAAGAAGAGCACCGACGCCGCUGCAGGCCUGUCAUUGCUCUCUGCAGUAGCUUUAGGCUCCUCACUCUCGAUUCGUGGAAUCAUUCGCCGCGGUGCCGAACCGGCACGCGGAUGCUCGGUUCUGGACUAUCUUGGUCUUGCCUCAGCGGUCUCUGUUCGCGCAUUGACUCGUUGUGGAUCCGGAGUCUCGCUCUUGACGACCAUGCGCUUUGGCUCGAACCUUUCGCUGUUGGACAACGUCAACCUCGGUUCCGGUUUGUCGCUCCGAAACUUCAUGCGAAUGGGCAGUACUCUUAGCGUGCUUUGCAGCGCGCGUGCGGCGGGCCAGCUCUCUGCGUUGGAUCACGCACAGUUGGCGUCUUCCCUUUCCGUGCGUGGAUUCAAGGUUGAGUUCGGCAAGCGCGUCUCUAUCCUGAAUGCACUCGCUCUCGGCAGCUCCUUGUCGCUCCGCAGCAUGCUGCAGCAGGCCAGCUCGGUUUCUGUGCGUGCUGUUGUGCGUCUGGGAAGCGGCGUCUCCGCGUACUACAACGUGCAGACGAACGGCGACACCUGUUCCGUGCUCUCCUUCGUGGCCUUCGGCAGUUCGCUUUCCCUCCGUGGCGUAGCUCGCCUUGGCGACACGGUGAGCGUCGCAGACUACUAUUCGCUUGGAAGCGCACUUUCGUUGCGAUCCUUUUUGCGUGCCGGCUCUUCCUGCAGCAUUUUGCAGAGACAGGAGCUAGCGGCGACCUGCUCCGUACUCGAUUGCCUGAAUCUCGGCAGCAGUUUGAGCGUUCGCGCGCGCAUCCGCUUCGCCCCACAGGCCAGUGUGCUGGACUUUUUACAGGUUGGUAGCUCCUUGUCCCUUCGCGGAACAGUGCGCAUCGGAUCGACUCUGAGCGUAGUCGAGAGUUGCCGCGCUUCGUCGAUGAGCGUCAGCUUGUUGGAUUCGCUCUCCUUGGGUUCUUCCUUGAGUCUCCGCAGCACGGCGCGAUUUGGCGACUGUGCUUCGUUGCUCCACGUCGCGCAACUUGGCUCGAGUCUCUCUCUGCGCGCGUUCUUGCGGUCCGGCAGCAGCUUGUCGGUCAUGUGUCAAACGAAGGCAGGAGAUCGUCUUUCGCUGCUCGACCAGUACGACGCGGGCAGCAGCCUGUCCCUCCGCAGCUUCAUGCGUCUCGGAUCGCGGGUCUCCGUGAUCGACACGCUGAACCUCGGAAGCUCCAUGUCCACUCGCAGCUUCGCUCGCAUCGGCAGCGCGCUGAGCGUGUUCGGAAAGGUCAGCAAGGGAGGCGACUCUUCGUCGACCGUUCUGUCGAUCCUAGACACGAUCCACUUCGGCAGCUCCUUGUCAACACGCAGUUUCACGCGGUUCGGCAGCAGCGCUUCCAUCUUGCGCACAGCAACGAUUGGGGCUUCUUGCUCAGUCCUUCUUCAAGUUGACGUGGGCAGCAGCCUGUCCCUUCGCAGCUUCGGUUUGUUGGGUAGUGCCCUGUCAGUUUUGCACUUCGCGAACAUCGGCAGCAGCAUCUCGCUACGAUCGGUUGGGCGAUUCGGGAGCAGUCUGUCGGUCCUCGACAUGGUCUCCCUUGGGUCAGCCUUCAGUCUGCGAAGCCUCUCUCCGAAGUGCGGCGCCAGAAUGAGCGUGAUUGACAUGCUUUCUCUCGGGUCUACUUUGAGCAUUCGUUCCGUGACCCGCGAAGGAACGCACCUUUCGGUGAUCGACUUUGCGGUCUUCGGCAGUUCGCUGUCUCUACGGGCGUAUCUGCGCGCCGGAUCUUCGCUCUCGGUGUUCCAGUCAGCCAAGGUGAGCAAAUCUUUGAGUAUGAUCUCGCACAUCGAAGUGGGCAGCAGCAUGAGUUGCCGCAGUCUCAUGCGCAGCUCCGAUUCCAUGAGCGUCUUCGACUGCAUGCAAAUGGGCUCUUCGCUCUCCCUCCGCAGCUUCUUGCGACUGGGAUCGGGCUUGUCUAUGCUGGACCCAAUCAGAAUCAGCCACGGCGGAGUUAGCGUUCUAGACGCCAUCAACCUAGGCUCCUCCCUCAGCGUGCGCAGCACAACGAUUGGCCUGGGCAAGCAGCUUUCUGCCUUAGACUUUGCGCAAGCGGGAAGCUGCUUCAGUCUGCGCAGCUUGUGUCGCUUGGGAAGCGCGGUUUCGCUCGCUUCGCGUCUGCGCAUCACGGAGUCCCUCUCGGUUCUGGAUCAAGUGCACCUGGGAAGCUCUAUGAGCGUCCGUGCUUUCACGCGCUCCGCCGAAGCACUGAGCGUUUUGGACUUCGUCACUUUGGCGUCGAACAUUUCGUUGCGAAACUUCUUGAGGCUUGGAAGCGCCAUCAGCGUCUUCUCCUUGCUGCAAACCGGCAGCUGCCUUAGCUGCUUGGACACCACGUUGUUCGGCAGCACCUUCUCGUUGCGCAACUUCCUACGAAUCGGAUCCGGACUCUCGGUCUUCCGCAGCGCGCGCGCUGGCGCUCAAGUCUCGGUGCUCUCGUACGCGCAGCUGGGAUCCUCCAUGUCUCUGCGAACGCUUGCACAGGUGGGCAAGACGAUCACGGUCUUGGACUUCUGCAUUUUGGGAAGCUCGCUUUCGCUGAGAAGCACCAACAUCCGCCUAGGAAAAUCGGCGUCCAUCAUGGACUUCGUGCACCUGGGCAGCAGUGUUUCGCUCCGCAGCUUCGCGCAGUGCGGCCAGUGCGUGUCUACAUUGGACGUGCUGAGACUCGGCUCCAGCGUCUCGGUCCGUUCCAUGGCGAACUUUGGGCAACUAGGCGUCUCGGUCCUCGACUAUGUCUCGCUGGGAAGCACUCUGAGCUGCCGCAACUACAUGCGCUUGGGCAGCGGCGUCAGCGUGUUCUCCACAGGGAGAGUGGAGUCGCAGCUUAGCGUGCUGGACUUCUUGCAUGUGGGCAGCAGUUUAAGCCUGCGCUCCAAGGGUGACUUUGGAGGACAGAAUUUGUCGAUCUUCGACUACUUGCAGUUCGGCAGUGGUUUGUCCAUCCGCUCGUUCUUGCGAGUCGGCUCAGCCGGCUACUCGGUCUACAACUCGAACCGCCUAGGCAUGUCUCUGUCGAUUCUGGACGUGGGGCAGUGCGCGAGCUCCUUCUCCGUGCGACGCUUCGCGGCGUGCGGAGGUACGUGCAGCGUGCUCAACCUUAGCCAACUCGGAUCCAACCUGUCGGUUCGUACGCUGGCGAGACUCGGGACGGACGUGUCCGUGCUCUGCUUCGCUAGUUUGGGCUCCACCUUGUCGGUGCGCCGCAUGGUAACCGGCGCCAGCAUCCUCUCCACUCUGGACUACGGGCAAUUUGGCAGUACCUUGAGCUUGCGAUCCUAUGCGCAAGUCGGCGGUCACAUCAGCGCCAUCGAUCUGUGCCAAUUGGGCUCCUCCUUGUCUCUCCGCGUGGUCAUGCGUGCUGGAUCUAGGCUCUCAGCAGUGGACUUCUUGUCGCUCGGAUCCUCUCUCAGUGUGCGCAGCCGCAUGCGCGUGCGGGAGGAACUUUCGGUCCUGGCCGCUACCUGCGUGUCCAGCACCUUAAGCCUAAGAUCCUUCUGUCGCAUCGGCAGCGGCUUCUCCAUCGUCGGAAAGGACGUCCGCGUCGCGACCAAGUUCUCAGUACAGGAUUGGGCUACGCUCGGCUCCUCGCUCAGCGUUCGCAGCUUCUUUCGGCUCCCGGAGAAGGUGAGCAUUAUCGACCGUGUCGACUUCGGCUCCUCUUGCAGCUUGCGCGCCUUCAUGCGCUUAGGCUCUACCAUGUCGGUCUGCUUCCGUUCCACGCAUGGUUUAGGUGUCUCGAUUCUAGACGCCUCUGCUUUGGGAAGUUCGGUGUCGCUGCGCCACAUGGCAAGGCUUGGAUCUACGGUCUCCGUCGUCGAUUACCUGUCCUUGGGCAGCACGUUGUCCGCCCGCAGCUUGCCGUUUGUGCCUCUGGGUGCAGGAUGCAGCACCUUCGAUGCCGUUCGCCUGGGCAGCUCGCUCAGUUUGCGUGGCAUCACCCGGGGCGGCGGUCAGUUGAGCGUCUUCGAAUUUACGCAACUCGGCAGCGCAUUCAGCCUCCGAGCCUGUGGCAGCUUCGGCAAGAGUUUGUCGACCUUGCAGUUCGUGCAGCUAGGAUCCGCAUGCUCCUUGCGUCAGUACGCGCGCUUGAGUGGCAGUUUGAGCACCUUGGACUUCGUGUCCUUCGGCAGCUCGGUCAGUGUACGCGCACGCACGAACUUUGGAGACUCCAUCUCCGUUUUGGACAUGACCUUCAGUGGCAGCACGCUCUCGUUGCGCAGCUUCAUGCAGGCGGGCAGCAAGCUGUCGAUUCUAGGUGGCAGUUUUGCCCGCGGCGGCUGCGCUCUCAGCGUCCUCGACGCGGUGACUCUCGGGUCCUCCUUGAGCGUGCGCGCUCACACGUGCCGCUUUGGCUCGCAGCUGUCCUUCCAGCACAUGACCACGCUGGCUUCUGCUUUGAGUCUCCGCAGCUACUUGAGGUUAGGCAGCUCCGCCAGCAUGUUCUCAACAUCGCUGUUGGGAAGCGGCUGUUCAAUUCUGGACUUCGCGAACUUCGGACAAGAGUUGUCCAUUCGUAGCGUGGCGCGAUGCACAGGUCCGCGCUGCACGGUGCUGGACCAAACCGUGAUGGGCUCUGCGCUCUCCACGCGCAGCUACACCCGCCUGGGAUCUUCGUUCUCCGUCUUCGGCACGACGACGAUCCAGAAGAUGGCAAGCGUUUUGGACACAACGCUCUUGGGCUCUAGCCUUUCCUUGCGGAAAGUGGGACGCUUCGCAAGCGAACUGAGUGCCUGCGACUUCUUAGCCCUGGGCAGCACCCUGUCGUUGCGCCAGACCUUCCGCCAAAGCGAUACGAUGCUCUCAAUCGCCGGUCGUUCGCUUUGCUCGACGCGAAACUACGUCAGCGUGCAAGACUCUCUGCACUUGGGCAGCUCCAUGUCCGUGCGCAGUGUGCUCCGCUGCGGCAGCGCCGUUUCGGUCUACGACUGGGCACAUCUGGGCUCCGCUGUGAGCAUGCGCGCGGCCUUCCAGAUUGGCAGUGGAUUAUCCGUGUUCGGCCGCAACCGCCAAGUGACGCAGAUUGGAGCUACCUUGUCCGUUUUGGCUGCCAUCGAGCUGGCCUCCAGUUUCUCGGUGCGCAGCUUCGCCAGGUUUGGUUCUAGUCUCAGCACUUUACAGUUCGUGCAGCUCGGCAGCAACCUGUCGCUGCGGGCCUCGGCUCGUCUCGGCAGCUCCCUCAGUGUGCUCGAGCGACUCUGCAAUAAGGCGUGCGUCAGUCUCCUUGACUGCUUCCACAUCGGAAGCUCGCUCAGCGUGCGCGCAUUGACGCAAGUGGAGCAGGGCUGCUCCAUUUUGGAUGCCUCCUACUUGGGUUCCAUGCUCUCCUUGCGCACCUUCAUGCGCAUCGGAAGCAGCCUUUCGGUACGUGACAGCACCGUUCGCACUGGCGCGUCCUUCAGCGUCGCACACUCGGCGCACUGCGCUCGUAUGGGAAAACAAGUUUCGAUUUUGGAUGCCACGUUCUUCGGCUCCUCGCUCUCGAUCCGAUCGCGAACUGAGGUGUCCAAGAACCUGAGCGCCUUGCACUUCUGCACGCUGAGCAGCAGUUUGAGUCUGCGCAGCUUUGUUCGAUUCGGAUCACAGCUCUCGGUGUGCGGACUGAUCGAGCAAUUUGGCUCUCUGCAAGCCUUAUCAGUCUUAGAUGGUGCCAACUGCGCCAGCACGAUGUCUGUGCGCUCUGUCGGCAGGUUCGGAAAGCACGUUUCGGCCCUGGACUUCGUCCAACUCGGAUCCGCUCUGAGCUUGCGUGGCUUCGCCUAUCUUGGCAGCCGCUUGAGCGCGUGCAGUGAGGUGAACGCCGGAGCACGUUUGUCGGUGCUUGCUUUGCACACGUUGGGCAGUUCUUGCUCAGUGCGCGGCGUUUCGAGAUUCGGUUCUCAGAUGUCGUUGCUCUGCAUGAGCGCGUUGGGAUCCGCUCUAUCCAUCCGUAGCUACGCACGGUGCGGCAGCGCGGUCUCCUGUGUGUCUACGUUGACCAAACUCGAGUCUAGGCUUUCGGUAAUGCAGCAGGUGACGCUCGGAUCCUCAGUCUCGGUGCGCAGCUUCACAUCGCGGUCCACGAUUUCUGGACAAGUGAGCGUUCUAGACUAUUUGCGGCUCGGAUCUUCUUUGUCGAUGCGAUCCACAGCACGUGUUGGCAGCGGCCUAACCGUUCUGGACUUCCUCCACGUCGGCAGUUCGUUGUCUCUGCGCGCCAGCUGUCGGCUCUCGAGCGCGCUCUCCGUGUUCGGACCACAGGUGCGCUUGGGUGGUCAGAGCCACGUUGUUUUGAGCAUCGUAGACCAAGUCAGCUUGGGAUCCAGCCUUUCGAUUCGCCAGAUUGUCAAGUUCAGCCAAGACGCCAGCAUUGUGGACUUCUUGCACUUGGGCAGCACGCUCAGCAUCCGCGGCGUCGCCCGUUGCGGCUCCGCCGUGAGCGUGUUGAGCCAGGCCUGCUUCGGUAGCAACUUCUCUUUGCGCAGCUUCGUCAGGGUCGGCAGCGUGUGCAGCGUCACGGGUCGCUACUUCGGCAGCACAGACACUCAACUCAGUAUCAUGGACGCGGCUGCACUCGGCAGUUCUCUGUCGGUGCGAUCCUUCUCGCGGUUGUCCAGUGCCAUGUCCUUGGUUGACUACCUGAACUUGGGCAGCACGUUGUCGCUCCGCAGCUUCUCGCGUGCAGGUUCCAGCUGCUCCGUAGCUGGAAGAGUGCGUUUAGGCAGCGUUGUGUCCAUGUCCGUGAUGAAUUGGAUCCACAUUGGCAGUUCCGUCAGCGUUCGAUCCUUUGUCCGUCUCGGGGAAACCUGUUCGCUGCUGGACCAAUUCCAACUUGGCGCCGCUCUGUCGCUCCGCAGCCACGCUCGUGCGGGCAACCAGAUGUCGGUGCUGCAAUAUUGCCACUUGGCUUCGCAACUGAGCAUGAGGUCCUACACGAAGAUGGGAAGUUCGCUUUCCGCUCUGGAUGCCAUUGCGUUGGGCUCCAGCUUCUCGGUUAGGGCCUUUGGGCGCUUCGGGUCUACCGCAAGCGUCCAGGACUUCUUCCAGAUCGGAAGCAGCAUUUCUCUCCGCGCCGCCUUGCGGUUUGGCAGUGGCUUGUCGGUCCAUGUCGCAGCUGGAUCGCGCGUCUACACACGAUUGGGCGUCGCAGCGUCCGUUCUGGACUGCUUGCUGUUGGGAAGCGCGAUUUCGGUGCGCCAAAUGAUCAAGCUGGGCGCGAACUUGUCCGUUCUGUCCUUCGCUAGCUGCGGCAGCAGCUUGUCGGUAAGGACGUUGAUGCGAUUGGGCAGUUGCUUGUCCACUGCGCAGAACUUCGGUAUUGGAGGUGGCAUGAUUAGCAUCUCCGAUCACCUGCACGUUGGCUCAGCACUCUCUUUGCGCAACUACUGCGUCGUUGGCGGCAAGUUGAGCUGCUUGGACUACUUGACGAUUGGCAGUAAUCUGAGUCUCCGAGCCUACAUUCGCUUGGGCUCCGCUUUGUCCGCCUACGGUCGAGCGCAAGUUUCUGCACCCCAAAAGCAAAUGAGCGUCACGCAGAGCAUCGAACUCGGAUCCUCCCUGAGCGUUCGCAUGUACGUGCGUGCCUCUCCAGCAUCCCUGUUGGACUACAUGCAGUUGGGCAGCUCGUUGUCUCUGCGAACAGCCACCCGCAUCGGACAAGCGAUUCAGCAGGUGACUAGUCUCCGCAUGGCUGGAGAGAUGGGAUCCUGCUUGUCCGUCCGCGGCGUCGCAAGACUCGGCAGCAUCCUCUCGAUCUUCGGUCGUACGCUUGUGGGGUCGUCCGUUUCCGUUCUGGACAGCAUUCUGAUUGGCAGUUCAAUGAGCAUGCGGUCGAUCGGACGUUAUGGAGCCAAACUUUCGGUCCUAGACUUCCUGCAGAUCGGCAGUUCUAUGUCGCUCCGCUGUGGUGCGGCGUUUGGCUCUUGCCUGAGCGUGUACAGCCAAGUGCGACUAGCUUCCCAUGCUUCCGUGAUCGACACGUGCCAGCUCGGCAGCUCGUUGUCUUUACGCGUGAACACGCGUUUCGGCGAGAAGCUUAGCAUGCUCGAGUUCAUGACUCUGGGCAGCAGCUUGUCCGUGCGGUUGACGCAGUGCGGCGCACGCGCUUCGCUGUGCGACUUCUUGCAAGUGGGCAGCUCCAUGUCCUUGCGCAGUUUCUCGAGACUGGCUUCUGGAAUGAGCGUGGUGCGCGCAGCACGGUUGGGCGACACCCUGAGCGUGAUUGACUGCGUGCAACUAGCUAGCAGCUUGAGCGUCCGCAACAUGGGACGCUUCGGCUCGGCCCUGAGCGUUUUGGACAGCUCCUUCUUCGGCAGCACCUUGUCUCUACGAUCAGUCUCUAGACUCGGCAGCACCUUGUCCGUGUUUUCCAAGACGGCGCAGGACAUGUCCAUGUCCAUCCUGGACUACAGCAACCUGGGCAGCAGCUGCAGUCUGCGCAGCUUCACGCGCCUUGGAUCAGCGACUUCGAUCUUCCGGGAAACGAAGUUUGGCUUGCAACUGUCCAUUCUGGAUUCGAUUACCCUGGGUUCUUCGCUCUCCAUCCGCGGACGCGCCACGAAGUUCGCACACCAGCUGAGCACAUUCGACUUCUCGACGGUCGGCUCUGCAGUUAGCCUCCGCGGCUUCGCUAGACUGGCUAGUUCGCUGUCGGUGGUCAACACCUACCGUCACGGCGGACCAAGCACUAUCACGACUGCUGUCGUUUCUGUGGGCUCCAGCUCUCGCUUUGGAUCGACUUGUAGUGUUUUGGGCCACGUUGCGCUCGCGUCGUCACUCUCCCUAAGGUCGUUCGCGCGCUUCGGUGCCGAGCUGUCCGCAGUGGAUGCCACGUCGUGCGGCAGCGCCCUCUCGGUUCGCGCCUUUACGCGGUUUGGCUCUACGUUCUCCGUCGUCGGCGUGGCGCUCUGCGGCGCUCCGAUCUCGGUGAUUCAGCAAACAACAAUCGGCAGCUCCAUCUCCCUGCGCAGCUUCACUCGCGUAGGCGCUAGCCUGUCCGUGGUGAACAUGCUCGCGUUGGGCAGCAGCUUUUCGCUGCGUAGCAACCUCAAACUAGUGAAGGACCUCUCGGUGCUGGACGCGAUGAGCUUCGGCUCCACGCUGUCCGUCCGCAGCUAUCUGCGCCUCGGCAGCGGCAUCUCCUGCCAGGGCGCACCGCAUAAGAGCUUAGGCGCGCACUUGUCGGUGCUCGACUUCGUGGCGAUCGGCAGUUCCUUCAGCGUGCGCAACCAAGCGCAACUCGGCAGCCGGUUUUCGCUACUAGACUACCUUACGUUGGGCAGCAGCGUGAGCACGCGCUCGUAUGCGCGCGUUGCUAGCGCAUGCUCCGUGAUCGGCGACUACGUGCGCAUGGGCAUGAGCUGCAGCUUGCUGGACUGCCUGCACAUCGGCUCGUCCUUGUCCGUGCGCAGCCACGUACGCGUUGGCACGUUGGUUUCUGUGCUCGAUUGCGUCACGCUCGGCAGCUCGGUCUCUCUCCGCAGCUAUAUCCGCAUGGGGUCGGCAGUUUCGCUGCUGGACUUCCUCGCGGUCGGCUCUUCCUUGUCCGUGCGCAGCAAGGCGCUCACGCAAUUGUACACUUCGGUGUUGAACUUUGCCUGCAUGGGAUCCAGUGUCUCGCUCCGAUGCACCGCUCGUCUCGGCAGCGCUUCUUCCGUGCUGCACUUCGCGCAACUCGGAAGUUCCUUGAGUCUGCGACACGCAGCGACGCGAAUCGGCAGUGCCAUGAGCGUUCUAGGCAUCAUGCGCAACUUGGGCUCUUGCAUGCGGCUCAGUUUGAUCGAUUCGCAGACGCUUGGCAGUUCUCUUUCCUUGCGUGGACGAAGAGGGGAACUUGGGCAGACCUUCUCCUUGGUAGACUGCCUGCACUUGGGGUCCACACUGUCGCUUCGCAGCUUCACGAGGAUUGGAUCUGCCGCUUCGGUGCAGGGUCAAACCCGCGCUUACGGUGCCACGUCCCUCCUCGAGCAGACGCACUUGGGCAGCAGCCUUUCUGUCAGAUCGAUGGCUCGCCUCGGCAGCUGUCUUUCAGCAGUGGACUUUCUGCAUCUGGGAAGCUCUCUGAGUCUGCGCUCAACGGCGCGGUUUGGAAGCGCGCUUAGCGUCUUGGACUACGUGCUGACCGGUAGCUCAUGCUCGGUGCGCUCUUGCGCCCGCUGUGGCUCCACCUUCUCAGUGUUGGGCAAGUGCCGGGUGCUUGGCGGACGCACGCUUUCGCUGCUCGACUUCGCAGAAUUAGGGAGUUCUAUCAGUGUGCGCACCUUCGCAAGGCUCGGAUCCAGUUUGUCCGUUCUCGACUACGCGACGCUGGCAAGCACGAUGUCGCUCCGCGCCUUCGUACGCACUUCGGAGGCGAGCCACGGCCUCAGCCUCCUCUACGCGGUUGAGCUCGGCAGCUCUCUGUCCCUGCGUAGCUUCGCACGUUGCGGCUCCGCCACUUCGGUGCUCGAUGCAAUCGGAAUGGGCAGCUCCUUGUCUCUCCGCAGCUUCCUGCGCUUGAACAGCACCGUGUCUAUGCUCGGGUUGCAGCAGAACGUAGGCAGCUGCUACGCAUUGUCCAUCCUGGAUCACUUCCACCUGGGCUCCAGCAUCUCGGUGCGCAGCUUCGUGCGCCUGGCCAGCAGCGUUUCGGUCCUCGACGCGCAACACUUAGGUUCCGCGGUCUCGCUGCGAACCUUCGUGCGCCUUGGCAGUACCGUGUCCAUCCUGCGCGCCCAGCGGAUCGGACAAAGCAUGAGCGUCCUCAACUACGUCGAACAGGGUUCGAGCUUGAGCUUGCGCAGUUUUGCGCGCUUCGGCUCCAAGAUGAGCUCUCUGGACUUCUUCCACCUCGGAAGCUCCUGUUCUCUGCGCGCCUAUGCCCGCAUGGGCAGCACCAUGUCUGUGGUGAACGUCGCCGCAGGUGGUGAGCACUUCUCCGUGUUGGACGUUUUCACACUGGGCAGUUCCGUGAGCGUGCGCAACUUGGCGCGCUUGGGCAGCUGUCUCAGCCUGGUCGACAUGGUCCAGUUCGGCAGCAGCAUCAGCGUGCGCAGCGUGAUGCGCAUUGGUAGUGCAGCGUCGAUGCUCAACUUUGCGCAUUGCGGAUCCUCACUUUCGCUCCGCGCCUGCGCACGAGCCGGUAGCGGCGUUUCCGUUCUCCAUCCGGUAAGAGUCGGUGCCGCCAUGAGCGUUCUCGCUUUCGCCAACCUCGGAUCCUCGUUGUCGGUGCGUAGCUACGGACGCUUCGGUAGUCGUUGCUCGGUCUUGAGCUUCGCCUUCAUGGGCUCUACACUCUCGGUGAGGGCUCACACGCGGUGCGGCAGCUCGUUCUCCACGUUCGGCAUGGGCGGCUUUGGAAGCUACUUCAAAGCCUCGAUCCUCCAGUUCACGACACUCGCAAGUUCGGUGUCCCUGCGCGUCUUCGGCCGUUUCGGCGAACGCAUCAGCGUCUUUGACCGGUUCAACCUAGGCAGCUCUCUGUCGUUGCGCAGCUACGCCCGUUGCACGAGCACUCUCUCCUGCUUCUCGACUACGCGUGGUGCGGAGGCCAUCUCGGUGUUGAACUUCAUCACUUUGGCGAGCUCCCAAUCCUUGCGACACUUCGCGACCACCAGUAGCAAGCUCUCGUUGCUCGACUACUACGCCAUUGGGUCUUCCAUCUCCGUGCGCAGCCACGUGAGAAUGGGCAGCAGCCUGUCGGUCUUGAACUACGUGGCGACCGCAAGUUCUCUGUCCCUGCGCGCGUUCACGCGCCUGGGGAGCAGUUUGAGCGUCCUCGGACUGUUCUUGACGAGCAGCGUGCAGAAACUGUCCAUCGUCGCUGCGGUGGAACUUGCUAGUAGUGUGAGCCUGCGCCGCUACGCCCGCUUCGGCGAGCGCUUGUCGGUUGCAGACUACAUCGCCUACGGAACGUGUCUUUCAUUGAGACACUUUGCUCGCAUUGGCAGCACCCUGUCGGUGCACGGAACCACCAUGAUCGGCUCUUGCAUGCAGACCAGCGUGAUGCACAAGAUCUUGCUGGCUUCCUCCAUGUCGCUGCGAUCCUUCGCACGGCUAGGUGAAAAGUUGUCGAUUCUCAACUUUUUGCACAUGGGAUCGAGCCUUUCGGUACGUGUGUGCAUGAAGAUGGGUGAAGCGUUAUCCGUUGUGGACUGCGCAAGCCUCGGCAGUUCCCUGUCGCUGCGGUCGACCACGCGUUUGGGCAGUGCUACAUCGGUCUUGCACUUCGUGGAGAUCGGCUCGUCUCUCAGUGUCCGCUCCAUUGCAAGGCUCGGCAGCAUGGUCUCGGUCUUGGAUGCUUCGCACUUGGGCAGCACGAUUUCAGUGCGCGCAUACGCACGUCUCGGAUCGAUGUUCAGCGUCACAGGCCUAGUCCGCUUUGGCAGCGCGUUCGAGCUGAGCGUCAUGCACAGUGUAGAACUCGGAUCUGCGCUUUCGGUUCGCAGCUUCCAACGCCUGGGCGCAAACUGGAGCGUUGUGAACUACGUGCACUUGGCGAGCAACUUGAGCUUGCGCCAGUUCGUGCGCCUGGCGAGCGCGAUGUCGGUGUACGGCGGCAGCGUAGCGAAGACGCAGGUGGGCGACAAGCUGAGCGUCAUGGACUGCUUGUGCUUGGGCUCCUCCUUGAGUUUGCGGUCCACGGCUCGCGUCGGCGGCAUGUGCUCCGCGCUCGACAGCACCAGCUUGGGAAGCUCCUUGUCGCUGCGGUCCACCUGCCGAUUCGGCAAGCACUUCUCUGUCAUUGACUUCUUGAGUCUGGGCUCUACAAUGAGCAUGCGCAGUCGCACCAAGUUCGGCAGUUCCUGUUCCGUGCUCGAUUUCGUGCACUUCGGAUCCGCGUUGAGUUUGCGCUACUACAGCCGCUGCGGCAGCAGUUGCAGCAUUCACUCCUUGAUCCGGCAGGUCGGCAGCUGCUAUAAACUGAGCAUGUUGGACAGCGUGACCGUGAGCAGCAGUUUUUCGGUCCGUUCCUUCACGCCGUUCGGUGCCACCUUGUCAGUGCUGAACUACGCGCAGAUGUCCUCUUCGCUCUCGGUGCGCGCCGCGAGCCGCAUUGGCUCUUCCAUCUCACUAAGCGGUCGCCACUUCUUCCAGGAAGACAAGCUGAGUGUCCUCAACUUCGUCCACAUCGGCUCUGCGAUCUCGGUCCGCAGCUUCACCAGUCUGGGAUCCCGCUUAAGCACCCUCGACCACCUGCAGAUGGGCUCGGCGUGCUCUCUGCGCUCGUUCACGCGCGUCGGCAGUUCGUGCUCUCUCGUCGGCCAAAUCCGAUACGCCAAGAACUUCCGCUUCCACGUCAGUGUGGUGGACCAAUGCUUGCUGGGAUCCUCCUGCUCCGUUCGCAGCUACGCCAGACUGGGCUCCGCGUGCUCGGCUCUGGACUUCAUCCACGCAGCUUCGUCCAUUUCUCUGCGUAGUUUUGCGAGACUCACCAGUAGUUGUAGCGUCUUCGCGCACUUCAAGAUCGCCUCCACAUUGUCGACGUUCGACUACAUGGCUUUAGGUAGCAGCUUUUCUGUGCGCGGCUUUGGCCGCUUCGCGGAUCGCAUGUCGAUCUUAGACGCCAGUGCUCUGGGAAGUGCAUUGUCGCUUCGGGCAUUGGUGCGCUGCGGAUCAAGCUAUUCGAUCACGAGCAGCGCCAACGGCUUGCUAGGAGCCAGACUGUCUUUGCUUGGCUUUGCCCAGUUGGGCUCGUCUCUCUCUGUCAGAGGAACAGCAAGAUUGUGCAAAUCGCUGAGCAUCUUGCAGUACACGCACUUCGGCAGCAGCGUCAGUUUGCGGAACGUGUGUCGAGCCGGCAGCUGCUUGUCCGUGCAGGGCACGCACGCGCGUUUUGGUACGCGGAUGUCAGUGAUCGACAUGGUCAAUCUAGGAUCCGCUUUAAGCGUGCGUGCUCACGUACGCCUUGCCGGUCACAAGUCGGUGCUAAACUUCGUGCACGUGGGCAGCACGCUGUCGUUGCGUAGCUACUGCCGCUUGGGCAGCAACCUCUCUGUGCAAGGAUUGACGCACUUCGGCGACAAGGGCAUGUUCUCUCUGUCGGUGAUCGACUUUGUGCAUCUCGCUUCGGCCAUGUCCAUGCGCGCAUUCGGACGCUUCGGCUCCCGUGUUAGCGUUUUAGACGCAACCCACGUUGGCAGCUGCGUUUCUUUGCGUACCUUCCAGCGCUGCGGAAGCACUUUGUCCGUCCUGAGCCUGGUCAGGGCUGCAGACAGCUUCUCCGUGCUCAACUUCACCAACCUCGGGAGCUCGAUCUCGGUGCGGGGUCGCGUAGCGCGGUGCGGCAGCGGCAUUUCGGUCUUCGACUUCGUCGGCCUCGGCUCUGGCUUGUCGAUCCGAACUCAUCUCCGAAUCGGAUCCGCGCUCAGUUGCACUGGCUGCUUCCGUUUCGGCAGUUUGCACGUACUUUCUUGUGGCGCUAACGCCAUUCUCGCAAAAGAUUGCAGUGUGGCCAACCGCGUGGAACUGGUUGAUGGCUUGUCCGUCUACGACUACUUCCAGGCAGGCAACACGCUCAGUGUCCGUUCCCCCGCAAAGUUUGGCAAUCGACUCUCCGUCUUGGAGGAAGCAUCCUUUGGUAGUUCAUUCUCAGUUCGUGCGAUGACGAGACUCGGAAGUUGCAUGUCGAUUGCCGGUGGCAUUGUGAUUCCUCGAGAAUUCUCCGUUACCAUGACGUGCUUCAUGGGAAGCAGCUUGUCGAUGCGCAGCUUCUUGCGAGUGGGCUCCCGUAUCAGCUUCCUGGACUUCUGCCACUUGGGAAGCAGUUUUUCGCUAAGACAGUUUGCGUCACUCGCAAGCGGUUUUUCAGCGUGCGCGGCUCAGCCUAGCGACAAAAAGUUCCAGCUCGCAGGACGUGCGGGACAACCGGCAUUAUCGAUCAUUUCGCAGACGGAACUCGGCAGCAGCUUGUCUAUGCGGUCCAGAUGGCGGUACACAACGAAACUGAGCGUCCUAGACCACCUGCUGAUGGGAAGCGUGUUGUCUUUGCGGCAGUACAUCCGCUGCGGCAGUGCGCUGAGCAUCACAGGAUGCGGAAUCGCGCAGAGCAAACUCUCGGUGGUUGACGCCGCGUUUUUGGGAUCGGCGUUGAGCGUGCGUGCGAUGUGCCGCGUCGCUGGUGGAAGACCUCACGGCUGCCACUCGAUUCUCAACUUCAUGGCCCUGGGCUCGAGCCUGUCUCUCCGCGAGGUCGCAAGAUGCGGCGCAAGCGUGAGUGCUCUGGACUUCGCGUCUUUGGGCAGCACCUUGAGUUUGCGCUCCUGCCUGCGCUUGGGCAGCGCGUUCAGCGUGAAACUGGGAUUCAACAUUGGAUACCAGCUUUCGUUGCUGGACAGCAAGCACUUGGGCAGCGGUGUCAGUCUGCGUUCCUUCGCACGUGUGGGCAGUGCCUUCUCCGUUCUAAGCAGCGUGCAGAUUCGCGCCUCCGCUAGCUUGUUGCAACACUGCACGAUCGGCAGCAACCUGUCUUUGCGUGGCCAAGUACGAUGCGGCAACAUGGUCUCUGUGUUGCAGUACGCCUGCCUCGGCAGCAGCGUGUCCCUCCGCGCCUUCGCACGGCUGGGCUCCGGCCUUUCGACCUUCUCGCAGAUGAGCCAACGCCGCACCACCAACUUGGGCUGCAAGCUCACAGUGUUGGACGUGGUGCAUCUAGGAAGCAGCGUCUCGCUGCGAGGCAUACACGCACGUCUCGGAGAGCACGUUUCGGUCCUUGGUUUCCAGAGCAUUGGCAGCAGCAUGAGUUUGCGCCAGUUCGUUCGCUACGGCGCGAAUCUGAGCGUCUUCGACUUCGCGCACCUGGGCUCCAACCUGUCGCUCCGCGAAAGCUGCCGAUUAGGCAGCAGCAUGAGUUUGUACACCGGCGCCUCGGGGUCGCACAUGAGCGCUUGUCUCAGCGUGCUCCGCCACUGUGCACUGGGCUCAGCUUUGUCCGUGCGAGGCCUCGGACGGCUCAGCGCGAGUCUGAGCGUGGUAGACUCGGUCACCCUAGGAAGCUCGCUCUCGAUGCGCAGCUUCGGUCGUGGCUGUGGCGCUUGCACCGCGUUUUCGAUCGCGGAUAUGUCGAAUCUGGGCAGCUCGCUCAGUGUGCGGCAGUUCUCGCGACUCGGUAGUUCGGUGAGUGUGCGGGGCCUGUGGCAGAACCACUUGGGAAGUUGCUUCAACUUGUCCGUCGUGAACGCGGUAGAGCUCGGCAGCAACCUAUCUCUCCGCAGUCGGUUCCAACUUGGGGAGAAGCUUUCGGCGCUCAGCUUCGCCUCGGUCGCGAGUGCCUGUUCGGUGCGUUCCUUCGCACGGUUCAGCGACACUUUGUCGAUGCUGUGCGGCAUUCACUUGGGCAGCAGCCUUUCGGUGCGGUCCUUCAUGCGCGCGGGCAGCAACUUGAGCUGCUUCGGCAUGUUCCGUUGUGCGUCCUUGGGUACGCUCUCGGUGGUCACGCAGGCGGAACUGUCCUCGACAUUGAGUCUUCGCAACAUGUCUAAGGUAGGACAUCGUUGCUCGGUUUUGAACUACUUCCAACUGGGCUCGAGUUAUUCCAUUCGCGCGUUCGCGCGCCUCGGAUCCUCGCUCUCGGUCAUGGGCGUGACGGUUCUCGGCUCCGUGCGCAAGGUGUCGGUGCUGAGCUACUUGACGUUGGGCAGCUCCUUGUCCGUGCGCCAGAGCACGCGAUUUGGAUCCAACUUGUCAGUGCUGAACUUCGGCGUCUGCGGCAGCUCCAUCUCGCUCCGGUCCUUUGGGCGUUUGGCCAGCAUGACCUCGAUCCUGGACGCCCUGAACUUCGGUAGCGCGUGUUCCAUGAGAACCUUCAUGCGCAUCGGCAGUGGUGUCUCCGUGUGCUCGCGCACCCGGCUCGCAGCUUCGGUCUCCGUGCUGGACGCUAUUGCGCAGGGAAGCUCGAUGAGCCUGCGCGCCUACGCCAAACUGGCCCAGAGCAUGAGCGUCUUGGACUUUGCGCAGACCGGAAGUGGAAUGUCGCUUCGAUCUUUCGUUCGUCUCGGCAGUUCCUUCAGCGUGUUCGGCAAAGCGUGGCUCUCCUCGAUCAACAAGCUUUCUGUUGUGGGCUGCGUGAAUCUGGGCUCUAGUUGCAGCGUGCGCAGCAUCGGCCGAUUCGGUUCCCGAUUCUCGAUGCUGUGCAACGCUGCGGUCGGCUCGGCGUUGAGUGUGCGUGCCUUUGUGCGCAUGGGCUCCGGCCUCAGCGUCUUCAAGGGUCCGAACUGUGCGGGAGCGCGUGUUUCGGUGCUCAGCUUCCUUCUGUUGGGGAGCUCGUUGUCCGUGCGCGCCUCGGCGAACAUCGGCUUCGGCGGCGCCUCCGCGCUCAGCUUCGCGCACCUCGGCAGCAGUUGCUCUGUACGCGCGUUUGUCAGGUCCGGGGCAAAACAGUCUGUGCUGGACUCCUCGACCCUCGGCAGCAGCUUGUCAUUGCGUUCAUGGGUGCGACUGGGCAAAUGCAUGUCCACACUCGACUUGGUGGACCUCGGCAGCGCCUGCUCGCUCCGCAGCUACACGCGCUUCGGCAGUGCCUUAAGCAUUUAUGCAACUGGCGUGUUAGCGGGAAGCAGUAACAAACCAAGCAGCCUCAGUGUGCUGGACUACGUGCAGACCAGCAGCAGCUUCUCUGUCCGCUCCUGCAUGCGUUUCGGCAGCUCCAUGUCGGUGAUUGACUUCACCCACAUGGGCUCUAGCCUGUCACUGCGCCUCUUCGCGCGCCUCGGCAGCUCGCUCUCGCUGGUUGGGCUUGCAACUCUGGGUUCCUGCCAAACGUUAUCCAUCAUUGACCGCACCACGCUCAGCUCGAGUUUGUCGAUGCGCUCGUACUGCCGCUUGGGCCGACACUUGUCCGUGAUGGACGCCAUGGCGUGUGGUUCGGUGAUCAGCUGUCGCAGCUACGCGCGGUUGGGCUCCGCCGCGUCGGUCCUAGGCUCAGCUCGUCUCGCGGCCGACCUCUCGGUGCUGGAGUUUGUGAACCUGGGCAGCUCGGUGUCCAUGCGACAGCACGCAGCCCGCCUCGGCGAGAAGUGCAGCGUCCUGAACAUGGUCACUUUGGGCAGCUCGUUCUCCGUGAGGAGCGUCGCACGACUCGGAUCUAAGCUGUCCGUGAUCCAGUUCGUCCACCUCGGUAGUUCCUUGUCCCUCCGCGGCCAGCCCGGUUCCCGUUUGAACUUGUCUCGCACGGUGUCCGUGCUGGACUUCUCCGGAUGCGGAAGCGCGCUUUCGCUUCGCAGCUUCGCACGCUGCGGCAGCAACAUCAGCGUGAAGGGCACAGUCACCCUGUCGUCGAUCAUCGCGGUGAGCGUCGUGUCCUUCGGACACUUGGGUAGCAGUUUUUCGGUUCGCGCCUUCGCCAAGAUGGGCUCUUGGGCGUCCAUCCUGGGUUUCGCAACCUUAGGCAGUGGCCUCUCGGUUCGCAACUGCGCUCGCAUUGGCAGUAGGGUGAGUAUCUGGAGACAGGCUCGCAUUGGACUUGACUGCUCCGUCUUGUCGCACGUGAACAUUGGGUCUUCCAUGUCGUUGAGGUCGCAGGGCCGUCUCGGCAGCGCUUGUUCCGUGUUAUCGUAUUCGGCGAUCGGCAGCGCGCUUUCCCUCCGCAGCUUCGCGCGCGUCGGCAGCGCCUGCAGCGUGCGUGGCAUAGUCACCGUUGGUUCCGUCCUCCGCAUGUCCGUACUCCACGCGACGACCAUGUCUAGCUCCCUUUCCAUGCGUAGCUUCGCGAAGCUCGGCAGCCAAAUGUCGGUCCUCGAAUUUGCGAACUUGGGAAGUUCCUUGUCCGUGCGAUCGUUCUUUGCGAAGUUUGGAUCGGCAAUGAGCGUCUUCGACGCGCAGACGUUGGGAAGCUCCUUAUCUCUGAGGUCGUCUUCGCGCCUCGGCAGCAGUAUGUCCGUGGCCAGCCACUUGAUGGGUAGUGACAUGUUCUCUACCCUGAGCCACGUGCGCCUGGCCAGCAGUUUGUCGCUGCGGUCGCACGCACGAUCCGGCAGCAAGGUCUCCGUGCUCAGCUUCAACAUCUUGUCGAGCAGCGUCUCUUUGCGAUCCUUCAGUCGCGUUGGCUCCACCCUGAGCAUUACCGGCUACUCCAUGUUGGGAAGCAUCUGCAAGCUGUCGGUGCUGCACCAGUCGGAGCUGGGCAGCAGCGUUUCGCUGCGCUCCUUCUUGCGCUCCGGACACCGCUUGAGCGUGUUGGACCUGAUCUCCCUUGGCUCCAGCAUGAGCGUCCGCAAUUUCGCGAGACUCGGCAGCAGCUGUUCCAUCUACGCCGGCGCGAGCCCGCUGUUCCAGGGCAGCGAAGCCUCGAAGCGCGAGUCUUUGUCGGUGUUGAACUACGUUUCCUUCGGUAGCUCCUUGUCCACGAGGUUCGCAAACCGAUUCGGCGAAAGAUUGUCUAUCCUGGACAGUGUCAGCUUCGGCUCUAGCUUGAGUGUGCGCUCGUUUGUCAGACUGGGCAGCACCGCAACGGCUGUCGGAGGCGUCCAGAGCUUUGGAUCGCUUGCGCGCAUGUCCAUCAUAGGAACAGUGAAUCUAGGUUCGUCGUGUUCGAUUCGGGCUUUUGCUAAGAUGGGCAACCGUUUGUCGGUCCUGGACUCCGUGACCUUGGCCUCCUCCUGCAGCGUGCGGUCCUUCUCCAGGUUGGGCGCACUCUCCGUGCUCAGCUUCUCGCAGCUGGGUAGCAGCUUCUCCGUGCGCAGCUCGGCAAGCGUGGGCAUGGCCACGAGUAUUAUGCAGUUCUGCCACGUGGGAUCCUCCUUGUCGCUCCGCAACCAAGCCAGGCUCGGAACAAACCUUUCCGUGUUGAACUUCGUGAAAGCCAGCAGCUCCAUGUCUCUGCGCAGCUACAUGAGGUUUGGUUCCGCUUUGUCGGUGCUCGACUUCACCACGCUUGGCUCCUCGUUGUCCUUGCGCAGCUUUGGCCGUGUGGGCAGCACAGUGAGCGUGCGUGGCGCCGUGAUGUGCGGUGGCAUGAACGAACUGUCCGUUGUGCGUUGCGUGCACCUGGGCAGCUCGCUGUCGGUGCGAACCUUCGCCAGACUCUCCUCGUGCAUCUCCGUAUUGCAGUUCACGCAUGUGGCGUCCUCCAUGUCCUUGCGCGCCAUGGCCCGCAUUGGCAAGCACGCCUCGUUCUUGGACUUCACCGCCCUCGGCAGCGGCUGCAGCAUGCGCAGCUUUGCCCGGUUCGGCAGCGCCCUUUCGGUGCUGAACUACGCCAGCUUCGGAUCCAGUAUUUCGUUGCGCAAGUUCAUGCGCAGCUCCAGUGCGUUGUCGGUAUACGGUUCCGACACCGUUCUGCAGCGGCAAGCCAGCAUUCUCGACUACCUGGUCCUCGGCUCCUCGCUCUCCGUGCGCAGCACCGCAACCUUCGGAAGCCGUUUGAGCGUGCUGGACGCGAUUCAACUCGGAAGUACGCUUUCGCUACGAGCGUUUGCGGGUCUCGGCAGCAGCGUGUCCGCGUACGCGGGUCACGGAAGGUUGGGCAAGUGCUUGAGCGUUUUGAACUUCGCGCAGCUGGGCAGCGGCAUUUCCGUCCGCAGCGGCGCACGCCUCGGCAUGGAGAUGAGCGUCCUCAGCUUCAUGUCGCUCGCUUCGAGUAUUUCGCUCCGCAGCUGUUCUCAGUUCGCUUCGAACGCGUCCGUGCUGGACUUCGUCGGAGUGGGCAGCUCGCUGUCCGUUCGCAGCAUCACAAGGUUCGGGAAGGCCCUCAGUGUGCUGGAAUUCGUCCACUGCGCCAGCGCGUGCAGCCUGCGUUCUUUCGUGCGCAUGGGCUCCACUCUGUCUGUACAAGGCAUCGUCGCGUGCGGAUCCUGCCAGCACGUGAGUAUCAUCCAAUACGUGCAGUGCGGAAGCGCGCUCAGUUUGCGCCAGUUCGCGCGCCUGGGCCACGGCGCCUCCAUCAUGGCCUUCGCAAGUCUUGGCUCCACGCUCAGCAUUCGCGGACGUCGCGGUGCCUGCGGUGCGCAGUUCUCGGUGCUGAACUACAUGUCGCUCGGCAGCUCCUUGUCGGUCCGCAACGCCGGUAGAGCUUGUGGCGCGAGUCCGCUCUCGGUGCUUGAUACCUUCUGCAUCGGCAGCAGCCUCUCCGUCCGCUCAACGGCUUUCGGUGGCAGCAACGCCUCGGUGCUCAGCUUCGCGAACUUGGGCAGCGGCUGCAGUUGCCGUAGUUUCACGCGACUUUCUGACGCGCUCUCCACUCUGGACACCAUGGCGUUGGGCAGCUCUCUGUCGCUCCGCAGCUUCCAGAGACUCGGCAGUUCAAUGUCAGCCCGUGGCGCUCUGGCUCUGUCCUCUGGCGUACGCUCGGCUUCCGUAAUCUCCUACGCAAAUCUCGGCAGCUCGCUUUCGUUGCGCUCGUCCGCCAAGAUGUGCGGCUUCCUGUCUAUCCUAGACUGCGCUCAUCUCGGCAGCACCGUCUCGGUGCGCCAGAUGCUGCGCUGCGGCAGCGCGUUCUCGGUCUACGCCUUCCGCACGGAUGCGGCUGGCGAACUGUCGGUUCUCGAUCAAUGCAAGAUUGGGAGCGGAAUUUCUCUGCGCAGUUUCGCGCGCUUCUCGAAGUGCCUCUCUGUGCUCAGCUUCACCCAUUGCGGCAGCAGUUUGAGUGUGCGCACGUUUGCACGUCUCAGCAGCGGCUUGUCGGUGGCACCGGCAUCGACGAUGAAGAACGUGUUGCAAACGAGCUCGGCCUCGGUGCUCAGCUACCUGCGCCUGGGCAGCGCACUCAGUCUCAGAGGCGCGUACGUGAAGGCCAGCAACAGCAUGAGUGCUUUGUCGUUCGUGACCAUCGGAAGCAGCAUCAGCGUUCGCGGCGUCGCGCAGAAGCUCUCCAGCCACUUGAGCGUGCUGGACAGCGUUCGCAUGGGUUCCUGUUUCUCGGUGCGUUCCGUGGCACGCUUCGGAAGCGCGAUGUCGGUCUUGCCGUUCGUCCACUUGGGAUCUAGUGUGAGCCUCCGCGCCUUCACCCGGGCGGGCUCCAGCCUCAGCGUCAUCGGCGUGAUGGGCAUCGGCAGUUGCCAAGCCAUCUCGGUGGUGCACAUGACUCAGCUUUCGUCUUCGAUGUCCUUACGCAGCUACGCGCGCCUCGGCAGCCGCGUUUCCGUGCUCGACUACCUGCAGUUGGGAUCCUCCUUCUCGGUGCGCGCGCACUGCGCGUGCUCUCGCAGCAUGUCCGUCUUGAACUACGCACAGAUGGGUUCCGCGCUUUCAACGCGCUCCUGCUCUCGCGCGGGCGCGCGACUGUCGGUCUACGACUUGUGCGCGCUCGGCAGCUCGUUGUCAGUCCGCUCGCACACGCGCGUGGCCGGUCACUUGUCGGCGAUCGGUGGCUUAGCAGUCAGCGGAUCAGUGCUUCAGAUGUCUGUUCUCAACACAGUGCGGUGUGGCAGCUCUCUAAGUGUGCGCACGAUUUUGCGACACGGCGGACGCGAGGUUUCCGUCUUGGACUUCUUGCAGCUGGGCAGCUCAUUGUCCGUGCGCACGCAUGGCCGUGUGGGCAGCCGACUCAGCGUGCUCGACUGCUUGCAGAUUGGGGCCAGCUGCUCGCUGCGCGCCGCAGCGAAGAUGGGGUCCACAGUUAGCAUGCUCAACUUCACGGGUAUGGGCUCAGUGUUGUCGCUCCGCAGCUUCUUGCGCUGCAGCAGCAGCCUCUCGGUGAUUGGGCUCUGCGCUUGCGCAUCGGUCUCCAAGGUCAGUCUCUUCGAGAACUGCAACAUUGGCAGCUCCCUCAGCUUGCGAGCCUUCACGCGCACGGGCGAUCGCCUUAGUGCUUUGCUCUUCGCGCACUGCGGAAGCUCGCUUUCGCUGCGCGCCUUCUCCCGCCUCGGCAGCGGCCUUAGUGCACUGUCGACCGCAGUCGGAGGGGAAAACUUGUCGGCGUUGAGCUUCCUACAGUGCGCCAGCAGCUUGUCGGUGCGCAGCUUCACGAGGUUUGGAAACGCCCUUUCGGUGAUCAACUACGUGCAGGCGGGAAGCAGCACUAGUUUGCGCAGCUUCGCACGAUUUGGGAGCAGCCUUUCAGUCGUAAGCAGCAGUCGGCUCGCGAUGGCCGGCGAGCUCUCCUUGCUCGACAAGGUCACCUUCGGCUCCUCGUUGAGCGUGCGCGGACGCAGCAUCCGUUUAGGACAGGGGCACUCAGUGCUGAACUACGUUUCGCUCGGCAGCUGUCUGUCAAUGCGCGCCACGGGACGACUUGGAGACGCGCUUUCGGUCGUCUCGUUCGCAACACUGGGAUCUACGAUCUCUCUCCGCACCACUGCUCGCAUCGGCUCCGCAUGCUCCGUCCGCGGCAUCUGCGCAGUCGGCAGCAUCUUGGCGCUGUCGGUGAUUGAUUCGGCCAACCUCGGAAGCACCUUGUCGGUCCGUGCGCAGUCGCGCUUCGGUUCUCGGCUCAGUGUGCUCCUCGCUUGUGAAGCUGGCUCGUCGCUCUCGCUGCGCGCCUUCGUGCGCUUGGGCUCGCGACUCAGCGUCUUCGACCGACCCGCCAGGGCAGGCGACAGUCUCAGUGCCUUGGACUUCGUGCCGCUUGGAUCGAGUUUGAGCGUCCGUUCCAAGACCCCCUUCCGGCGCUCCCUCUCAGUGCUCACCUUCGUCGACGUCGGGUCCUCCGUCAGCUUACGUGCCUUCGUGCGUCUCGGCAGCACAAUCAGUCUCGCGGGCCGUGCACAAGAGCACUCGUCGAUUUCGGUGUUCGACUUCUUGGCCAUGGGCGACGCGGCCGCGAGCAUGCGGUCCUACGCGCGCAUGGGACACCACGUAUCCAUCCUGAACAUGGUCACGCUCGGCAGCUCUCUCUCCGUGCGAUCCACCGUACGGCUUGGCAAGUGUGCUUCGACUGUGGACUUCGUCAACUGUGCCUCGACCUUGUCGGUCAGGUCCUUUGCCCGCUUCGGAGAAACGCUUUCCGUUCUGGACUUCGCAAAUGCGGGCUCCUCGAUCAGCUUGCGCUCGUUCGCGCGACUCGGUUCCGGUCUCUCGGUAACCGGACUCGCCGCUUGUGCCUCGUUAUGCCGCUUAUCGGUGAUCGACGCAGCGCAUUUGGGCAGCAGCAUGUCCUUGCGCAGCCGCGUGCAUGUCGGACAGGCACUGAGCUCGCUCAGCUUCAUGAACCUUGGAUCUUCGCUUUCGGUCCGUGGACGCAAUCUGGUGUUGGGAAGAAAUGCCAGUGUGCUCGACUGCCUCAACCUGGGCAGCUCACUCAGCGUGCGCUUCCCGGGUCGCUGCGGAAGUCGUUUGAGCGUGCUUCAUGCACUUCAGAUCGGAAGUUGCAUGUCUUUGCGCGCCAUCUGCCGCUUGGGUAGCGCGUUGUCCGUGAAGGGCGUCCUUGCCAUCGGCAGCUUGAACCGAAUGUCCGUGAUCGAGAUGCUACACCUUGGCUCUUCGCUCAGUGUGCGCAGCGGCGCGCGCCUCGGCGACAAAAGCAGCGUACUCAGCUUUGCACAUUGCGGCAGCGCGCUUUCGUUGCGUUCCGCAGUUCGCCUCGCCUCCACCUGCAGCCUGCAUGCCGUCGCACGGUUCGCGGACAAGCUAAGCGUGAUCGAGCAGGUUUCUAUCAGCAGCAGCCUCAGCUUGAGGUCCACCACGCGGUUCGGCAGCGCGCUCAGCGUUCUCGAAUACGCGAAGAUGGGUUCUUCCUUGAGCUUGCGCAGUUACACCCGGUUAGGCAGUGGUCUUUCGCUCACGUUGAGCACGGGACAGACUGGUGUUCGCCUCUCGGUCUUGGACGCGACCACCCUUGGAAGCUCGCUCUCGGUGCGCAACGCGAAGCGCUGCGGCGCUAGAUUCAGCGUUCUGGACAUGAUGGCGCUCGGCUCUGGACUCAGCAUUCGGUCCGCGGUCCGCCUCGCGAGCAGCUGCAGCGUGAUUGGAACGACGAUUCGCUUCGGCAGUAGUUUGAGCAUUCUUUCCGGAAUGGACGUUGGCUCUUCGCUUUCCCUCCGCACGUUUGUCAGGGUGCAGGAUGCGUUCUCGCUGCUGGCGCACGCCGCGAUCGGCUCUUCCUGCAGCUUGCGCGCGUGUUCCAGAAUCGGCAGCACCUUGUCGAUCCUCGCGCCUGGCAGCCAGUCGGGUAGCGGAUCGCAGUUCUCUGUGAUGAACUAUCUGGUGCUCGGUAGCUCCCUGUCUUUGCGUGGUGGGCGCACGAUGCAGAGUGGAUCGCGGCUCAGCGUUCUGGAUUUGCUCCACAUCGGCUCGUCCGUGAGCGUGCGCGCACGUUCUACCGCGUACGGCGGAACUUCGCUGUUGCACUUCUUGGAGCUUGGAUCCAGCCUUUCUUUGCGGUCACACCAGCGCAUUGGCGCCAGUGUCUCGGUUCUUAGCUACGUUGACAGCGGCAGUUCCCUGUCCAUCCGACAGGCCGUUCGCAUCGGGCGGCACCUCUCGUCCCACGGACUGGCGGCUUGCGGUUCCGCACUGCAGGUCUCGGUGAUCCACUGCGCCAACUUGGGCAGCACUUUGUCGAUCCGCAGCUUCGGCCGUAUGGGUUCGGCACUGUCGGUGCUGAGCUACGUCCAGAUCGGCAGCAGUUGCAGUCUGCGCAACGUGGCCAGGCUGUCCAGCUCUCUCUCUGCGGUGGGACCAAACGCACGCUCGAGCAACGCCUUGUCGGUUAUCGAGCAAACGCAACUCGGAAGCUCGCUCUCGAUGCGCAGCUUCCUCCGCUUCGGUGCGACGUGCAGCGUUCUCGGCUUCGCAACGUGCUCGUCCUCGCUGUCCCUGCGUUCGUACCUGCGUCUCGGCUCCGGGCUUUCGGUGCUGGCGUCCACCACCGGUGGUCUCAGCUGCUCGGUCAUGGAGCAGGUGCGACUCAGCAGCUCACUUUCUGUUCGCGCGAUCUCCCGCUUGGGCAGGUCCGUGAGCGUCCUGAAUAUGCUAGCGCUAGGGAGCUCGCUGAGCCUCCGCAACACGCAGAACAUGGGUGCAGCGGCGUCCAUGCUCCAGUUUGUGCACCUAGGAUCCAGCGUGUCGGUGCGCAGCUUCGCGCGCUUCGGAAACUCGUUGAGCACUCUCAACUUCGUGAACAUCGGAAGUUCUUGCAGUUUGCGCAGCUUCACACGGCUGGGCUCGAACGUCUCUGUCGUGGGUCUUGCACACCUCGAAGGUGCGGAGGUGCACGCAUUGAGCAUUCUCCAGCACACAGAGGUGGGGUCCUCACUGAGCAUCCGAAGCUUCUCCAGAGCAGGCAGCGUUCUCUCGGUUUUGUCCUUCGUCGGAUUGGGCAGCUCGCUGAGCGUGCGUUCCGAGCACGGAGCACGCUUCCGCGCGCAGUUUUCCGUGAUUAACUACGUGGCCUGCGGCUCGUCUUGCAGCGUCCGCAGCAGCAUCCGACAGGCCGGGCGUUGCUCCAGCUUGAUCAACAUGCUGGCCUUAGGCAGCACCUUGAGCUUGCGCGCAGUGUCGCGCGUUGGCAGCGCGCUCUCCGUUGCGGGUCUCACAGCCUGCGGAUCGCUGUCGCAACUAUCGGUGAUCGGCAGCGUGAACCUCGGCAGUUCCUUGUCGGUGCGUCACCGCACAUCCGCACGCUUCGGUGCGCGCUUGUCGGUGGUCGACUUCCUGACCCUCGGCAGCAGCAUUUCCGUACGUCACGGAACGGCGCGUCUGGGCCACGACUGCUCGGUCCUCGCGUACACCAACCUCGGCUCCUCGUUGUCUCUGCGCAGCGCCACGCGAUUCGGCAGUGCCUUAUCCGUGCUCCGGUUCUCGCACUUCGGCAGCGUCUUGUCUAUCCGCAAGUUCUCGCGCAUUGGCAGCUCCAUGUCGGUGGCCGGACACCAGAUCCUUGGAUCGCUGCACGCGCUCUCCUUGGUGGGAAUGACGAAUCUGGGCUCCAGCCUCUCGAUGCGCAGCUUCGUCCGCUGCGGCAACGAGCUCUCUGUUCUGCAUGCUUCCUGCUUGGGAUCGUCGUUGAGUGUGCGACGCUUCGCGCGUCUCGGCUCGGCAGCCUCGUUGUACAAGAGCAUGUCUUUGGGGGAUGACCUCUCCGUGCUCCUGCACACCGAAGUCGGCAGCAGUCUGUCUGUGCGUGGCGUCUUCGCGGCACGCGGUCUCCGUUCGCUAAGCUUGUUCGACGCGUUGGCGCUGGGCUCUUCAUUGUCGUUGCGCAGUUUCGCUCGCAGCGGAUCCUCGCUCUCAAUCGGAGGCACCGCCACAGACGUGGGCGCCCGUGUGUCGGUGCUCUCCGCAGUGGAGAUGGGAUCGACGUUCUCGGUCCGUUCCCAUGGACGCUUCGGUGCGAAGAUGUCCGUCUUGAACUUCGUCACCGUUGGCUCUUCCUUGAGUCUCCGCAGUCAAGCACGCUUCGGCAAGGGCUUCAGCAUCCUGGAUGCGGUCGCACUCGGAAGCAGCUGCAGUCUGCGCCGCUUCUCACGAUUAGGUAGUACUUUGAGUGUGGCCGGCGUGACACGGGUUGGCAGCGUGACGCAGCUGAGCGUCGUGGAGCACGUCAAUUUGGGAAGCACGCUGUCGGUCCGAAGCUACACGCGGUUGGGCAGCUCGCUUUCUGCACUGAACUAUGUGACGUGUGGCAGCUCCUUCUCUCUGCGUUCGCUCCUCAAGCUGGGAUCCCUCUUCUCGGUGCAGGGCAACGCCCGCCUCAGCUUGCCUACGAAGCUUUCGGUGCUCGACGCCACCACUUUGGGCUCCUCGCUCUCGAUACGCGGCACGGGCGCGGAGGCUCGCACGAGCUGUUUGAGCGUGUUUGACUUCUUGGCACUGGGCUCGGUGUGCAGCCUGCGCGCCGUCGCAAGGCUUGCCUCCGGAUUGUCGGUCCAAGGCACGCAAACUGUCUUCGGAAACCCCCAGGCACGAUUAUCCCUGGUGCAUUCGACCACACUGGGAAGCGGAUUGAGCCUUCGAAGCUUCUUUCGCGCCGGCGAUAACCUAAGUGUGCUGCAUUUCGUUGCAGUCGGGUCCUCAUUGAGCAUCCGAUCCAAUGCACGCUUUGGUACAACGUGUUCGGCAUUGCAGUUCGCAAACCUCGGAUCCUCUCUCUCGGUGCGUGCGGCCACUCGCAUCGGCAGUCGCGCCUCGGUGCUCGAUUGCCUCGGCCUCGGCUCCACCUUGUCCGUCCGAAACUUCUCGCGCAUUGGCAGCGCCACUAGCGUCAUUGGCCUAGCGCGUUGCGGUAGCGUUCUCCGAGUCUCUGUUCUCACACAGUGCGAACUUGGUUCUUCACUGUCGGUUCGCGCUGUGGCUCGUUUCGGCUCAAGGGCCUCUCUGAUCGACUUCUUGACGCUGGGAUCGUCUUUGUCUUUGCGUGGUAACGCAGCAAGAGUCGGAUGUUCUGCUUCGGUGUACAACUUUGCUUUGUGCGGAUCCUCGCUGUCCGUGCGUGGUUUAGUCCGAUGCGGCUCGCGCGCAUCCGUGCUCAGCUGGCUGCACCUCGGCUCAACGAUCAGUGUACGGCAGUUCACGCAGGUGGGCAAGGCGCUGACGGCACGCGGCCUCGCCGCUCUCGGCUCGUGCCUCAACUUGUCCGUGAUCAACUUCGUGGGGGUCGGCAGCUCCUUGUCCGUACGCGGUGCUGCGGUUCGAUGCGGCUCGCGCGCGUCGAUGCUCGAGUUCAUUUCUCUCGGCUCCUCCAUCUCCCUCAGGUGCUCGGUUCACUUGAGCAGCGGCUGUUCGGUCUUCGGCACCGCUGUGAAGCAGAGCACGCUGCAGACCAAUCUUGUAUCGGUACUUGACGCCUCGCACCUGGGCAGCUCGCUUUCGCUCCGCUCCUUCGCAAGGUUCGGGCAGCACUUGUCUGCGGUGGAUUCGCUUCACUUCGGCUCCUCUCUGUCGCUGCGCCACUUUGCGUGCGUCGGUUCGAACCUGAGCGUUGCGGGUACCAGUGUCGGCCGGUUGCCGCUGCAGCGCACGCUCUCGGUGGUGGACAGCACUUCUCUCGGAAGCGCUCUGAGCGUACGCAACAGUGCGAGAUGCGGUUCACGGCUCUCCGUGCUGGACGUCCUUAACCUCGGUUCGUCGGUCUCCGUACGAUGCCUGGCGCGCUUGGGCAGCUCGCUCAGCAUUGGUGGCUCCCUAGUGAUGCGCGGAGCCUACGGAUUGUCCGCAACGGACGCUUGCACCAUCAGCAGCAGCUUGUCCUUGCGCAGCUUUGCGCGGUUCUCCGAUUCCAUGAGCGUCCUGGCGUUCAUUGACGCUGGCUCCUCCUUGUCGGUGCGAGCCUUCGUCUCGCUGGGUAGCAACAUGUCGGUGCUCGGCACAACUGCCCGUAUCGGACAGGGCCUGAGCACACUCGACUACACGGUGCUCGGCAGCAGCCUGAGUGUCAGAUCGGCCGCCUGCGGAUUCCAGUCAAAGCGAACUGCGGUUUCGGUGCUGGAUUUCUUCCAGCUAGGUUCGAGUCUCAGCGUACGCGCAACGAGCCGAUCUAGCGGAAAGAGUCUCUCAGUCCUAGCCUACGCCUCCGUCGGAAGCAGUCUUUCGGCCCGUGGACUGGGACGUUGUGGAAGCCGCUUCUCUGUGGUUGACACCUUGCAGCUUGGAAGCUCCGUGUCCAUCCGGUCGUUCCUGCGCCUCGGCUCCGGGAUCUCGACCGCGGGCAUCGCGCGUACCAUCAGCAGCUGCCUCAGCUCGUCGGUGAUCAACUUCGUGCACAUCGGAAGCUCCUUGUCGGUGCGUGCGACCAGUCGAUUCGGGGCGCAACGCUGCGUGAGUGUGCUCAACAUGCUGGCUCUGGGCUCUUCCCUCUCCGUGCGCGCGGCGGCUCGCACAGGGUCUUGCCUCUCGAUUUCCAGUGGACGUCUGAUGGCGCAAGGCGCAAAGGGCUUUUCGAUGCUGGGCUUCUCGCAUCUGGCCUCCUCGGUCUCCAUGCGGUCCUUCGCGCGCUUCGGCAGUCGCGCCAGCGUCCUUGAAAUUUCGCAUUUGGGUUCUGCACUGUCCGUGCGUGCCUUCUGCCACUUGGGCUCUUCGCUCUCCGUCACCGCGACGCAGGUGCGACUGAGCAUGACGCUGUCCGCGCUCGACACCGUAAGCUUAGGCUCGUCCCUGUCGGUCCGUAGUUUGGGUGCUCUCGGAAGCCGAGCCAGUGUGCUGAACAUGCUCACGCUCGGUUCCGCGUUGUCCUUGCGAUCUCGAUCUGCGAUUGGAAACUGCUUGUCGAUGCUCGAUUGCUUGCAGCUGGGCAGCAGUCUGUCCGUGAGAGCGCGGGCAACCUUCUCUGCGCAACUCUCGGUCCUGAACUUCGUGGACAUCGGAAGCGCCUGUUCCACGCGCAGCUUCAUACGCCUGAGCUCCACGCUCAGUGUACACGGCCUUAGCACCGUGGGCUCGCUUGCGUCGCUCUCGGUGGUCCAGAAUAUUUCUUUGGGCUCGUCGUUGUCCGUCCGCGCGCACGCGCGACUUGGAUCGCGGUGCAGCCUCCUCGACUCGCUGCACUUGGGCAGCACACUGUCCAUACGUGCAUUCUCACGCAUUGGAAGCUCCUGUUCCGUACUGGGCCUAGCCCGCGCAGGAGGACCGGAGUUCUCGGUUUUGGCGCGAGCGGAAAUGGGAAGCUCGCUCAGUGUGCGUGCAGUUUCGCGUUGCGGUAGCCGCGCUUCAGUGCUCAACUACUUAACCCUCGGCUCCUCUCUGUCGUUGCGCGGAGUCACGCGCAGUGGCAGUGCCUUCUCGGUGCGGGGUGACACGCGCGCAAGCUCCAGCGUGUCCGUGCUCGACUUCGUCCACUUCGGCAGCUCCGUUUCGCUUCGUCGCUUCCAGCGGCUUGGCUCGGCGGUUUCCGCUCUUGAUGCUAUCAUGCUGGGCAGCUCCCUGAGCUUGCGGCAGUACUUCCGCGUCGGUUCGGGUCUCAGCGCUCGUGGAGUUCUGGCGGCCGCGAAGGCCGUUUUGUCGGUCGCGAACUACGCCAACGUGGGCAGCAGCUUGAGUGUACGCGCGGUUCUUCGUGCGGGAAGCCGCGCUUCCGUCCUGGACUUCCUCAACCUGGGCUCGUCCGUUUCGCUCCGCGACAUGGUGCGCCUCGGCUCCGGAGUGUCCGUCCUCGGCAGUGUCGGAGCGGGAAAGCCGCUUUCGAUGCUCAGCUUCUUCGAACUCGGAAGUUCGCUCUCGGUGCGCGCCAAUAUGCGUGGCGGCAGCCGGGCCAGUGUGCUGGACGCCAUCUGCUUGUCCAGCACCUUGAGUCUGCGUGCGCACACGAUGGUGGGAAAGAGCCUCACGCUUCGCGGCCUCGCCACCAUCGGCAGCGUCUGCAACGCUUCGGUCAUCAACUUCGCGCACAUGUCCUCGUCACUCUCGGUUCGCUCCUUCGUGCGCUUCGGCAGCGCGAUCUCCGUUCUGGACUUCGCAUUGACGGGCAGUUCAGUCUCGUUGCGCAACUUCUCGAGGUUUGGAAGCUCGCUAUCGGUCUUCUCAACCAGCGCAGGGAAGACGCUUGGACUGCACACGGACCUGUCAGUGUUGGACGCAGUCACGCUGGGCUCCUCGCUGAGCGUGCGCAGCCACAUGCGCACGGAAAAGCGCGCCUCGGUGCUAGACUGCUUGUCUUUGGGCAGCUCGCUCUCGCUGCGCGGGUUCACGCGCGUCGGAUCCGCCUUUUCGGUCCUUGGCGGUUGCCGUGUGGACGCCGGAAGCCGUCUCUCUGUGAUGGACGCAGUCAGACUGGGCUCCUCGCUCAGUGUGCGAAGCCUCAUGCGCUUCGGCGCCGAAGCCUCGGUCCUGGAGGCGGUAGCACUGGCUAGUUCAUUGUCUCUGCGCAGCUUCACGCGUCUCGGCAGUUCGCUCUCGGUCUCGCUCGCUUGCCAUCUGGGAGCGCAGCUCACAGUCCUGGACCACACCGCGUUGGGUAGCAGCAUCAGCGUGCGCGCCGUUUCGCGCCUCGGUUCUCGUGCCUCCGUGCUGGAUACGCUGGCUUUGGGGUCGACGAUAUCGAUGCGAAACUUUGUGCGUGUGGGCUCGAGCCUCAGCAUCCAGGGCAGCCUCUUCGCCACCGGCACGCGGGUGUCCGUGGGCAGCGGCCCGUCCGCCAACGACGCCUCCUUAUCCAUUCGCUCCACUGUGCGCUGCGGAAGCAGCGCCUCCAUCUUCGACUGUUGCAGACUCGGUUCCUCGCUGAGCUUGCGCGCCUUCGCCCGGCUCGGGUCCACGCUGUCGGUGCGCGGCCUCACUGAGUUCGGCUCGGUUGCGAAGCUCUCCGUGGUCACCUACGUUGACUUGGGCAGCAGCGUCAGUCUCAGGGACUACAUGCGUCUGGGAUCCUCGUGCUCCUUGCUAGGAAAAGCCCGCUUUGCGGGAGAAUUGAGCGUGCUUGACCGCACCGCGAUGGGCAGCUCUUUGAGUGUGCGCUCCACAGCGCGUAUGCGCAGUUCGGCGUCCAUCUUUGCUUUCCUAGCGCUGGGAAGCAGCUGCAGCGCACGUAGCUUUGUGCGACUCGGCUCGUGCGCCUCUGUGCACGGCUUGAUCCGCUUCGGCUCCUGCGCACAGCUCUCCGUCAUCGAUCGCGUCAG